ACACAAUCGGAACGAUCUUGUAUCAUUCUUCGCUCGCACCUCAAAAACGAUCGACGUCUUGGUUUCAGUCUCGGGGAUUAUGACUUAGACCAGAAGAUUUUUAAUUUCUGAAAUUUAAGUUUUUCAUACGCGCAUAUAGAUAUAUAAUAUAUACAUCGAGUAUAUAUAUUGAAAAAAAUACAUAUAUAUUUGAAAGAAAAUAUAUUUAACAUAGAGUUUUUCGUAUAAUUUUUGUAUUUAAAAUAACUGAGGUGAAAAAUAAGAGAGUUAAUUUCAACAAAAAAGUUAAUAUAUAUAUAUAUAUAUAUAUAAUUUAAACGAAAUAUAAAACACAUUAUAACGCCGCAAAGGAUAACGAAAACACCUACAACGGAAAAGCAUAAAGUGAAUCUGUGUUUUUGAAGUGAAAAUAUAUGUAUGUAUAAAGUGUAUUCAAAUCAGUCAAUACAUAAAAGCAGCUCAAAGUGAGAAAAUAAACGAAAAUCAACGCAAAACGUGCAACUCGAAAAGUGUUGCCAAAUCGGAUAGAUAUACUUAAGUGGUUCGAAUAUUGUUUGGUUUGCAUCGCACCGCAAGCCAACAAAAAUCCAACCAGUCUACACAAUCUAUCCGUUAGUUAACAACACAACCAGUGAGUUUACAAAUUACAUAUAUUUAUAUUAGCUGCGAAAGGAAAGUCACUUAUAACUACCUACAGUUAUCAUUUUAAAUGCGAAAUAGUUUUAUAUAACGAAAAUGCAACGACAAAAUUCGAAUCCGUACCAGCAGCAGCAGCAGCAGCAGCAACAGCAACAGCAGUCGCAACAACAGCAAAUGCAGUCUCAUCAUGAGACACAACAACAAUUCUCGAGUCAACAACAAUUCUCGAGCGUUCAGCAACAACAGCAAAGGAUAAGCCGCACUGAACAUCGCACCGUUCAGAGUCAGCAAAUAACUCAGCAAAGAGUGCAACAACAUGUCGGCGCAGGCGGUGCCUAUACACCACCAGCUCUAACGCACAUCUACGGUCAAGGCGAUAUCUCACCACCGAUCUUUGAGCAGAUCUUCAAGAAUGCCCGUUUCGCACAGGGCGGUAAUGCCCUGUUCGAGGGUAAAUUGCGUGGCAAUCCAAAGCCAUUCGUUUCUUGGACCCGAAAAGGCGCACCACUUCUCGAGUCACAAAAGUUCCGUAUGAGCUACAAUGAGGCCACCGGUGAAGUAUCGCUAAUGAUUAAUCAUAUCGGUCCCGGCGAUGAGGGCGAAUACACGUGUACGGCACGCAAUCAAUAUGGCGAAGCCAUUUGCAGCGUUUACAUCCAGCCUGAGGGCGCACCUAUGCCCCAACUGCAGCCUGUACAGAAGCUUGACAAGUCAUUGUACACCAACGGCUAUUCGUACACCUCCAUCGAGGAGGAAUUCCGCGUCGAUACUUUCGAGUAUCGUUUGCUGCGCGAAGUGCAAUAUCGUGAGGCCAUCACACGUCGUUCGGCUUACGAACAGGACCAAUAUUUGACGCAAGAGUUGGAUCGAACUAUGGGUCCAGCACAAGCGCCACAAAUUGCGCAGAAACCACGUAACUCGAAACUCGUCGAAGGUUCUGAUGCUGUCUUCAGCGCCAAGGUUGGCUCUAAUCCCAAGCCACGCCUAACAUGGUUCCAUAAUGGUCAACGUCUGGUGCCAUCACAAAAGUACGAGUCAACCUAUUCCAGCGGCAUUGCAACGUUGCGUGUAAAGAAUGCCACCUAUCAAGAUGCAGGUCACUACACUCUGCUCGCCGAGAAUAUACAGGGUUGUGUAGUCUCUUCCGCCGUUUUGGCCGUCGAACCAGCAGCCGAAACUGCGCACGAACCGAAGCCUGUCGAUGUGGCAGCUGAACAAUUGGAGGUCGGUAAAGCUUUGCCACCCACUUUCGUUAAGGGUUAUGCUGAUCGUGAGAUAACCGAAGGUCGUAUGACACGUUUCGAUUGCCGCGUCACUGGCAAUCCCUACCCAGAGGUUAUCUGGCUUAUUAAUGGCCGCCCAGUCAAGGAUGAUGUGUCUCACAAGAUACUUGUUAACGAAUCGGGCAGUCACUCGCUGAUGAUUACCAAUGUUAGCCGUUUAGAUACUGGCGUCGUACAAUGUUUGGCGCGCAACAAGGCCGGUGAGGUCGCUAUCGAAGCGCAACUGAAUGUGUUGGAGAAGGAACAGAUUGUCGCACCACAAUUUGUUCAAAGAUUCAGCACUAUGACCGUACGUGAAGGCGAACCUAUCACCAUGAGCGCCAAUGCCAUUGGCACACCGGUGCCACGUAUCACCUGGCAAAAGGAUGGUGUGCAGAUCUCAUCGACUGCUGAACGCUAUAUCGGUAUUGAUGGUGGCGCUACCUGCUUGGAAAUUCCACGCGUUAAAGCCACCGAUGCCGGCUGGUAUCAGUGCACAGCACAAAAUAUUGCUGGCUCUUCGGCAAAUCGCGCAAGACUCUAUAUAGAAGUACCGAGGGAACAGCCAACGCCUGAACAAAGACGUCUCAAUUUGCCAAGGCCAACAAAAAUUAUUGAACCAGAGCCCGUACCUGGUCCAGAGAUUAUUUAUCUACGUCAUGUAGAACGCGCAAAGCCACACUUGCGCCCCGGUGAAGAAGACCGUGUCUACCCACCGCCACAAUUCAUUAUACCAUUGCAAAAUGUGCAACAAGUCGAGGGUAAUCGUGUGCACUUGGAGGCACGCAUCGAACCAGUGGGUGAUCCCACAAUGGUCGUCGAAUGGUUCCUGAAUGGGCAACCUAUGGCAGCAAGCUCACGCGCUACCUCUGUCUUUAAGUUUGGUUUCAUAGCGCUCGACCUUUUGAGCAUUAUGACUCACGACUCCGGUGAGUACAUGUGCCGCGUCACCAAUGCUGCCGGUGUUGCUGAAUCACGCGCCAUUCUCUCCGUCAUCCAACGUCCGUCCAUCGAACAGAGCUCUCAAAACCCGAACAGUUUGCAAUAUAUCAAUCAACUGGAGGAUUAUUCACGCUAUCAGCGUCAAGAGAGCUCUGAAGAACUCAUGAAUCAACCACCUGUAUUCAUACGUCCACUCAGAGAUUUGGGCGAAUUCGAGGAGGGCAAAAAUGUGCACUUUGAAGCUCAAGUUACACCGGUCAACGAUCCCACCAUGCGUGUAGAGUGGUACAAGGAUGGUCGCCCCAUAACUGCUAGCUCGCGAAUCACUGCAAUCUUCAACUUCGGUUACGUCUCCCUUAACAUCUUGCACCUACGGGCUGAAGAUGCUGGUUCGUACACAGUGCGUGCAGUUAAUCGCGUGGGUGAGGCCACCAGUACCUCGAACAUUCGUGUGAAUAUACGUUCCGAGGUGACCGCUGACUUGGGUAUACCCGAACAGCAACGUUAUAUUGAGAAGGUUGAAGAGCUAGAAGAUUAUAGAAAAUCUCAGCAACGUCGUCAUGUACAGGAGGUGCCUGAACCAAUUGCACCAGCACAAUUUAAGACACCCUUACAAAAUCAAUUGGAUAUACAUGAGGGAGCCCACGCUCAUUUCGAGGCACGACUCGAACCCAUCGGUGAUGCUACCAUGCGUGUGGAAUGGCUCAAAGAUGGCCAACCGUUGGAGGCUAGCUCCCGUAGCACAACUUUCUUCAACUUCGGAUAUGUUGCGUUGACUAUUAAGCAACUGACAAUCUACGAUGCCGGCACUUACACUUGCCGCGCCUACAAUGCCAUCGGUCAAGACACAACCUCCGCACAAUUGACCGUGUUGUCCAAGAAGGACAUCGUCUCCGACUCUCAACACCCAGGUGGCUUAGAGAAGCUACAACACUUGGAAGACUCCUCACGUUAUGGUCGCACCGAGGAGGAAGAGACCAGAGUAACGCAAAUUCCACGUUUCCUCGGUCCCAUGAAGGGUACCAACAAGAUCUUGGAGGGUCAACGUGCCCACUUCGAGGCGCGUGUUGAGCCACAAAGCGAUAUCAGCUUGCAGAUCGAGUGGUACCACAAUGGUCGCGCUAUCACCGCAGCUACACGCGUGCAAAUCUAUCACGACUUCGGCUAUGUCGCUUUGGAUAUCUCUCAAGUGCGCGCCGAAGACGCGGGUGUAUACACUGUGGUAGCCAGAAAUAAGUUAGGUGAAGCACAGUUGCAAGGAACAAUGGUAGUAGAAACUCGUUCCAGCAUUGAUACAUCAAGCAUGCACCGAGGUCUUUAUGAAAAGACUCAAAACUUAGAAAGCAAGCCAUUCGUUGAGCCACAUUAUGAUAUCGAGGAGAUCUCCAAAUCGAAGCCGAUUUUCGUACAACCACUCUCCGACCACAAACCCAUACAUGAGGGUAAAAACAUACACUUGGAGUGUCGCCUGGAACCAAUGGGUGACCCAACCAUGCGUGUAGAGUGGUUCCAUAAUGGACGCCCCAUUACCGUAGGCUCACGCUUCCGCACCUAUUACGAUUUCGGUUUCGUGGCUUUGGACAUCGUACAGGCCACCGCUGCCGACUCCGGCGAAUACACUUGUCGCGCCACCAACCAUCUGGGUUCGGCCCAUACCUCGUCGUGUGUACGUGUUAUCGAUCGCUCAGACAUUGUGACUGAGACUCAAAAUGAAAUGUCACUCGAGCAAAUCCAUCAGCUUGAGGACUCAACACGUCGUCGCCAUCAAGUGGAAGAAGACAUCACUAUCAUGCAAGCGCCACAAUUUACACGAGCUUUGCAUAACAUCGAAACCGUUGAAGGCACCAACGUUCAUUUGGAGUGUCGCCUGCAGCCGGUUGGUGAUCCCAGCAUGCGUGUAGAAUGGUUCGUUAAUGGUAAGCCCGUUAAGACCGGUCACCGCUUCCGUCCAGCAUAUGAGUUCGACUAUGUUGCGCUCGAUUUGCUCGGCUGUUAUGCCGUCGACUCGGGUGUGUACACCUGUCAAGCACGCAAUCAACUCGGUGAAGCUGUCACCUCGUGCUCUGUGCGCAUUAUUGCUAAGAGCGAUCUAAUCUUGGAGACACAGAAUGAAUCAGGUCUACAGAAGAUCGCCUACUUGGAGGACUCUUCACGCUAUCGCCGCAGUGAAUAUGUUGAUGAAGUUGUGAAUGUACGUCCUCGAUUCCUUACACACCCGAAGAGUUUGACCAAUACACGUGAAGGUGGUCAUGCCCACUUCGAAUGCAAAAUCGAACCAGUCACCGAUCCCAACUUGAAGGUGGAAUGGUUCAAGAAUGGUCGUCCUAUCACCGUCGGUCAUCGCUUCCGUCCCAUACACGAUUUCGGUUAUGUCGCUUUGGACAUUGUCGACUUGAUCGCAGAGGACUCCGGUGUUUACACCUGCCGCGCUGUUAACUUGAUUGGCUCGGACGAGACUCAAGUAGAAUUGCAAUGCCGUAGUAGCGAGCAGAUUGUUACGGUUACACAAAACGAAGCCGGUCUCGAGCAAAUCCACUAUUUGGAGGAUCGCUCACGUUACUCUCGUCGUGAGGAGGUUGAUGAAACUACCAAGCAAGCGCCAGUUUUCACUACUUCACUAAAGAAUGUCGAAAUCAAAGAAAACCAACGCGCUCACUUUGAAUGCCGCUUGAUACCGGUUUCAGAUCCCUCAAUGCGUGUAGAGUGGUACCACAACAACUUGCCACUGAAAUCUGGUUCCCGCUUCACCGAAACGAAUAACUUUGGCUUUGUGGCACUGGAUAUUAUGUCCUGCUUGCCUGAAGAUGCCGGCACCUACACCUGCCGCGCUUACAAUGCCGUCGGUGAGGCUAUUACCUCAGCCGUUGCUAUUGUGCACACUAAGAAAUCCAUCUACUUGGAGUCGCAGCACGAAGGUGCCCUCCCACGUUUACAACAUUUGGAAGAUGGCGCUAAGCGUCAACGCAUUAGCGUGCAAGAUGAGGUGGUUAGCCAAGCACCAGUUUUCACACUACCUGUGCGUGAUGUACGCGUCGCGGAGGGUCAAGCUGUGCACUUCGAAGCGCGUCUAAUACCUGUGGGUGAUCCACACCUCAAGGUUGAAUGGUUGCGUAACGGACAACCAAUUGAAGCUUCCAAUCGUACCACCACCAUGCACGACUUCGGUUACGUCGCUUUCAAUAUGAAAUAUGUAAAUCCGGAAGACUCUGGUACUUACACUUGCCGCGCCGUUAACGAGCUUGGCCAAGCUGUCACUUCCGCUUCGCUCAUCGUACAAUCAAAGACCUCCAUUCAAAUGGAGACACAGCACGAGGCCGCCAUGCACAAAAUUCAUCAGCUUGAAGAUCAUACCAAGUAUCAACGUCGCGAAGAGGAGGAGUAUGUCGUAAGCCAACCACCACGCUUCGUCACGAAAUUGAUUGGACCCACCAAUUUGGUUGAAGGCCAAAGCGCACAUUACGAAUGUCGCAUAGAACCAUAUCCCGAUCCAAAUCUUAAGGUGGAAUGGUUCCACAAUGGCAAGGCAUUGAGCACAGGCCAUCGGUUCCGCACCACAUACGACUUCGGUUUCGCCGCUUUAGAUAUCCUCACUGUUUACGCCGAGGAUAGCGGCGAGUACACUUGCCGUGUUACCAAUAAAUUGGGCGAGGCAGUCAGCUCUAUCAGUCUCAAUGUGCAAUCACGUUCCGCAAUCAUACGUGAAACCCAGCACGAGGAGGCUUUGCAAAAGAUCCAACAUUUGGAGGACGAGUCACGCUAUCAACGCAAGGUCGAGGAGGAACAAUUCCUUGCCGAACGCCCUCAAUUUGGACGUCCACUGCGCAAUGCAAACGUGAACGAAGGUACACCAGUACACUUGGAGGCCACAUUGACACCAGUCAAUGAUCCAACGAUGAAGGUGGAAUGGUAUUGUAAUGGUACGCCCAUUCAAACUGGUCAUCGUUUCAAGACCACUUACGAUUUCGGCUUCGUUGCUUUGGAUAUACUGUACACGCAUGCUGAAGAUACUGGCACUUAUAUGUGCAAGGCUAAGAAUGCCGUAGGGGAAGCUGUCACGACUUGUGCUGUAAACGUAACAGCAAACAAGACAUUGGACUUCGACACCAUGGAUGCCCAGCGUUUGGAGAAGAUUCGCCAACUUGAGAGCUAUGCACCACCCACUAAACCUGUCGUAGAGGAGAAGGGUCAGAAACCAAUAUUCCUAACUCCACUAAGCAACUUGGAACAUCUCAAGGAAGGCGAACACGCCCAUCUAGAGUGUCGUGUGGAGCCCAUAAAUGACCCUAACUUAAAGAUUGAAUGGUUCUGUAAUGGCAAACAGCUGCCAACAGGUCAUCGCUUCAGAACUACACACGAUUUCGGCUAUGUUGCAUUAGACAUCUUGUAUGUUUAUGGUGAGGACACCGGCACCUACAUGUGCAAGGCCACGAAUCUGCUUGGUGAAGCUGUAAAUACCUGUAAUGUACGGAUUUUGAACCGACGUAGCAUGAUUUUGGAUACUCAACAUCCCGAUGCAUUGGAGAAGAUCCAAAAAUUGGAAGCUAAGGCUGCACCAGCACGCACUGAGCCCGGUGACUUACCCAUUGGUCCACCACACUUCACCGCUGAACUGCGUGGCACCACCGAGAUCUUUGAGGGCCAAACUGCGCACUUUGAAGCUCAGGUUGCGCCAGUGCAUGAUCCAAACUUACGCAUUGAGUUCUAUCAUAAUGGCACACCGCUCCCAUCGGCUGCACGUUUCCACAUCACCUUUGAUUUCGGCUACGUUUCAUUGGAUAUCACACACGCUGUACCCGAAGAUGCUGGCGAAUAUUCGGUGCGUGCUAUCAACGCAUUAGGUCAAUGCGUUUCAUCGACUAGUCUGAAGGUGAAUGCACGUGGCACCAUCAUUUCGGAGACACAACAUCCCGAAGGUUUGGAGAAGAUUCGCAAACUUGAAUCGAAUGCUCCGUUCCAACGUCCAGAAGUUGAAACACCAGGCACUAGACAACGCCCCGUAUUCACGCAACCACUGCAGAAUAUCGAUCGUAUUAAUGAACACCAAACUGCACACUUCGAGUGCCGUCUUAUACCGGUUGGUGAUCCUAAUCUAAAAGUCGAGUGGUACCGCAAUGAGAAAAUCAUAGAGGACAGCUCGCGUAUCACCAAACAACACGACUUCGGUUUUGUCUCUUUGGACAUCUCACACAUCCGCAAAGAAGACGAGGGUGUGUACAUGUGCCGCGCUGUCAAUCCCUUGGGUGAGGCUGUCACUACCGCUUCUAUGCGCGUAGUUUCCGAAGCCUCCAUCCAAAUGGAUACCCAACAUCCAGAUAGUAUCAGCCGCAUUCAUCAAUUGGAGCGCCCGUCCGCACCACGUGCCGAAGAACCAGAGCGCGCUUUCGAAAAACCAAUAUUCACGCAACUGCUCACAGGUCCAUCUGAACUAUGGGAGGGUCAGCAUGCACACUUCGAGGCACGUGUUGUGCCAGUUGGAGACCCAUCAUUGAAGUUUGAGUGGUAUAUCAAUGGCGUCGAGUUGCAAAUGGGCUCACGCUUGCGCACCACGCACGAUUUUGGUUUCGUUACACUCGACAUAAACGCUGUGGUGCCCGAGGAUGCUGGCGUCUACAUGUGCCGCGCUUACAACGCUGCCGGUGAAGCUGUUUCUUCGACUGCCAUGAAAGUUAAGACUAAGUCAAAUAUCGCUGGUGAUCCAUUGAUCCCAGAGUCAUGGGAGGCUAUUCGCCAGAAGGAGGCCGCCAUGAACCGUGUGCCAGAAAUGUUCGUAGACACUACACCACAACAGGCACCAGUCUUCACCACACACUUGCAAAGCUACGAUAAGCUGUCUGAAGGCCAGCACGUGCUGCUUGAGGCCCAAGUUGAACCACGCGCUGAUCCGAACUUGCGUAUUGAAUGGUUCAAGAAUGGUAUUUCACUCACCACCGGUUCACGCAUACGCAGCACUUUCGACUUCGGAUUGGUUACUUUGUCUGUUAAUGGACUGCGCGCUGAUGACUCCGCCAUCUACACUUGCAAGGCGACCAACCAAGUUGGUGAAGCUGUAUCGACAUGCAGUCUUAAGAUUGAAGAUCGCCAUUGGUUGCAAGGUGAGUCGCUACAUCCCGACUCUCUGCCACGCAUUGGUGAAUUGGAAGCACCAAAACCGGGACGUCCAGAUGCACCCGAACCUGUAUACGAACUGCCCGUCUUUACCACUCACUUGAAUAAUAUCGAAUGCAAAGAGGGCGAUAAUGUACGCUUCGAAUCGAUGGUCGAACCGUCACGUGAUCCAACAAUGCAAAUUGAAUGGUUCUACAAUGGUCAGCCCUUACAAGCUGCCGCUAAGUGCAAGUCUAUUUACGACUUCGGCUACUGUGCCUUGGAUCUAUCCAACACAUAUCCAGAGAACAGCGGUGUAUACACGCUGAAGGCUACCAACAGCAAAGGCUCCGCUACCACAUCGGGCACACUCAAAUGUACCGGCGGUAAGACUUUCUACCUCGACACACAACAUCCACAGGGGGAGGCUGGCCUGGAAGCUGUACGGGAAACCGAAGAGGAAUUGGCUAAUCGCUACUCGCGUCAAGUUUCCAAACCGGAAACUCAAUACCCAGCGCCUGUUUGGACAAAACCAUUGCAAGCCGAAUUCCAUCUCUCCGAAGCGCAAGCAUUGCAUUUGGAGGGUAAUGUCGAACCAAAGGAAGAUCCCAACCUCUUCAUCGAAUGGUACUUCAACGGCAAGAUUCUGCAACACGGCUCACGUUUCAAGAUGACCAGCGAAUUCGGUUUCGUCACCUUGGACUUGACGGAAGUGUAUGAGCGUGAUCAAGGUAUUUACACUUGCAAGGCAUACAACAAGGCCGGCGAGGCAUUCACAACUACAACCAUCUUCUGCACCAGCAAGGAAAGUAUCAUCGAAAAGACACAACAUCCAAAGGGCGCCGAAGGUUUGGAACAAAUUCAAGAUUUGGAAGAGUCUUUACGUAAGGAUGGCUCGAAACCAGAGAAACCCGAAGAAGGCAUGGCACCGCGCUUCACCACCGAAUUCAUUGACAUCAAGGAUGUCGGAGAGGGCGAGAUCGCCCACUACGAAGCGAAUCUCAUACCAACCGGUGACCAAAGUAUGGUCAUUGAAUGGUUCUACAACAGCAAGGUUUUGGAAGCUAGUCACCGUGUCCGUACCAUCUAUGCCUUCGGUAUGGUUGCUUUAGAAAUUCUUGGCACUAAGAUUGAGGACUCCGGCACCUACACUUGCCGUGCCACCAACAAGUAUGGCAGCGCUGAAACAAGCUGCGUGCUGGAAUGCGUAGAGAAGCCACGUGGUCAGAAACCACGAUUCACUUCACACAUCCAGUCUCUGGAAGGUCUUAAGGACGGCCAGUCUGCCCACUUCGAGUGCACACUGAUACCAGUAAAUGAUCCCGAACUUAAAGUUGAAUGGUAUCAUAACGGCAAGCUCAUGCGUCACUCAAAUCGCAUCAAGACCGUUUCGGACUUCGGUUACGUUGUGCUCGAUGUAGCUUACUUACAAGAUCAUGACAGUGGCGAAUACAUGUGCCGCGCCUACAACAAAUAUGGUGAAGAUUUCACCCGCGCAACACUGAACUGCCGCGGUCGCGGUGGUGUCUUCUAUGACAGUCUGCAACCUGACUCAUUACCAAGAAUUCGCGAAUUGGAAUGCCCACAGGGACAACAGGGCGAUACUAGUGCGCCAGUGGUUACAGAGCCACCGAAGUUCAUUACACAAAUUGCCGAUAUCACAAAGUUGGUGGAGGGACAGAGUGCUCACUUCGAGGCUCGCCUUACUCCAGUCACAGAUCCAGAUCUAAAGGUCGAAUGGUAUUUCAAUGGCAAGAAGUUGCCACACGGACACCGUUUCCGCACUUUCCACGAUUUCGGCAUUGUUAUUUUGGAUAUCUUGUACUGUUAUGAGGAGAACUCAGGUGUGUAUGAGUGCCGUGCCGUUAACAAGUACGGCGAAGACGUGACACGCGCCACACUGAAGUGCACAUCCAAAGCUAACUUGAUCUUGGACUCACAAUUGCCACGCGGUAUGGAAGGUGGUUUGGAGAAGAUCGCCAAUCUAGAGUACAGCAUGAUUCGUACACGUGACGAAACUGUCGAGGAGAGCAAGGGCAAGGCACCUGUCUUUACAGUACCACUGGAGAAUAUUGACAACUUACGGGAAGGCGAGAACGCACACUUCGAAGCGCGUGUCACUCCAACUGACGAUCCACGUCUACGCGUCGAAUGGUUCUGGAAUGGACGUCCACUCAAGGCGGGUUCACGUUUCCGCACAUUCUGCGACUUUGGUUUUGUCAUCUUGGAAAUCUCACCUGUAUAUCCAGAGGACUCUGGCGAGUACUCAUGCCGUGCUAUCAACGAAUACGGUGAGGCUGUAACCACAGCCACCAUGAAGAUUCAAGGUAAACGUAGCAUUAUCAUGGAGUCUCAAUUGCCUAAAGGUAUGGAAGGAACCAUUGAUCGUAUUGCCGAGUUGGAGGGAUUGGGCAUGCGUAGCACUGAGUUUGUGCCCGAAGACGAUAGUGGUAAACCACCAGAGUUCAUCACCACGCCAUUCGAUAUGGUCAUCACCGAAAACUCGCUCGCACACUUCGAGUGCCGUUUGCAGCCGGUUAAUGAUCCCAGCAUGCGUGUUGAUUGGUUCCACAAUGGCAAAGCUUUGUGGGCUGGAUCACGCAUUAAGACCAUUAACGAUUUUGGUUUUGUUAUUUUGGAAAUUGCCGGUUGUUAUCAACGUGACUCCGGCUUGUACACCUGCAAGGCGACCAACAAGCAUGGUGAGGCGACAGUUUCAUGCAAACUGCAGGUCAAGGGACGGCAAGGCAUCAUUGUCGAACCUCAAUUGCCCUCGAACUUCCGUACCGGCACUGAGAGCUUACAGAAAUUGGAAGAGAGCAUGCAUAAGCGUGAAGAGGUUGUUAUCGAUGAAGAGCAACCUAAUCCGCCUAAAUUUAUUGAGGAUAUCAAGGAUAAUCUCGAUGUGCCCGAGGGUGGUCCCAUACACUUCGACUGCCGCGUUGAACCAGUUGGCGAUCCCACCAUGCGCAUUGAUUGGUUCUACAAUGGUCGUCCUAUGCCGACCGGAUCACGUGUACAUCAGCUCAACGACUUCGGUUUCAUCGCUUUGGAUAUCGAUUACAUUUAUACACGCGAUGCUGGUGAGUACACUUGCCGUGCCACCAACAAAUGGGGCACUGCCACCACCACUGCCAAAGUUACCUGCAAGGGCAAACACAAUAUCGUAUAUGACACUCAGUUGCCUGAUAGCAUGACCGCUGAAAAAUUGAAGGAACUUGAACGUGGCCGCAUCCCAGAUGCACCAAAAAUUGUGGAACCAGAUUUCGGCCCUCCAGAGUUCGUCACGGAAAUUCAAAAUGUCACCGCUGAGGAAGCCGAAGCUAUGCGCUUUGAGUGUCAAGUGGAGCCAAAGACCGAUCCCAACUUGCGUGUGGAAUGGUACCGCAAUGGCAAGCCGCUCCCGAGCGGUCAUCGUUAUAGAACCAUUUUUGAUAUGGGUUAUGUUUCACUCGAUAUUCUCUAUGUCUAUGCUGAGGACUCUGGCGAGUAUGUCUGCCGUGCUGUCAACAAACAUGGCGAGGCACGCACAAAGGCCACAAUUUCAUGCAAGAAGCUCCCAACUAUUAUGCUGCAAAAUCAAGUACCUCGUGGCAUGAAACGUACCGAGACACUCACUCAAAUGGAGGCGACCAUUAAGAAGUACACUUCUGAGGUGCAUUUGACUGAGGAUGAUCUCUUCGAUCCGGAUCGUAAGCAACCACCACGUUUCGUUACACAAAUCAAGGAUCAGACUACGCUCACUGAAAUGGCUAAUACCAAAUUUGAAUGUCAAUUGGCGCCAGUCGGUGAUCCGAAUAUGAAGGUUGAGUGGUUCUUCAACGGCAAGCCGCUGUUGUACAAGAAUCGUUUCCAACCAAUUUACGAUUUUGGUUACGUCGCCAUGAACUUCGGCUGGGUUUAUCCAGAGGAUAGUGGCGAAUACGUCUGCCGUGCUACCAAUCUUUAUGGCAAGGAUGAGACUCGUGCUUUCAUUAAGGUUUCUGGCAAACCUGGCAUUGUCUACGAUUCACAACUGCCAGCUCACAUGCAAGAGGGAUCCAUACAGCGCAUUCGCGAAAUGGAAGCAUCGUGGCAAGUUGUACCCGAAGAAGUCGAUCCCGAUGCAAAACCAAGAGCCAAACCUACAUUCGUUAGCAAAUUGGAACCACAAACCGUUGAGGAGGGCGAACCCGCACGUUUCUGUGUACGCGUAACUGGCCAUCCACGUCCCAGAGUUAUGUGGCUCAUCAAUGGACACACCGUUGUGCAUGGCUCACGUUACAAACUAACGAACGAUGGCAUGUUCCAUUUGGACAUACCAAAAACACGACAAUACGAUACAGGCAAAGUCGAGGUGAUCGCUAGAAAUUCGGUUGGCGAAGCCAUCGCCACCACCCAACUGAAUGUGGUUGAACGUUCAGAUGAUUAUCGCGGUGUCUUGAAGAAUUCACCACGUCCUUGGUAUGAUUAUGAGCUAACUGCUUAUCAGAAAGAACGUCAAGAAACCGAAUUGGAUAAGAUAUUCGAUGAGCGCAAACAAUAUUUGGCCGAUCAAGGUAAACCACUGAAGGGUAUCGAACACUUGAAACCCAAACAAAUCAAACAGGAAACACCCGAAUGGCAACAGACCGUUAAGGCUAAGAAGAGUGAAGAUUACUAUAGCAAACUGCAAGAGUUGGAGACCGAGCAAUUGCUGAAGGAGACCAAUUUGCGCAAGGAAGCUCAUCAAUAUGCGAUACCCGGUGAAAAGGUUGUGCAGAGCUCUGCCGCCAAGGGCAUGGCCAAAUCUUAUGAGGAGAAUUUGGAAGAACAAACCUCAACAACAACAACAGCUGGUACAAAUAAGGUUGUCAAGAAACCACCAAUUGAACCCGCCGAGUCGUCCGUACAUGGUCGUGAGGUGAUUAUGAACAAACAGCAACAAACGCAGAAAGAAGUUGUUGGCGAUUUGGAGAUUACACGCAAGAUUACCGCUACCGAAACCACCGAAAUGGAGCAUAAAGGCACCGUGCAGGAGCGCGUUGUCAAGGGACCCGUACAACCAUCAAAGCCGCCAGUGUUCACCAAGAAGAUACAACCAUGCCGCGUGUUCGAAAAUGAGCAGGCUAAAUUUGAAGUGGAGUUCGAUGGCGAACCAAUGCCCACUGUAAAAUGGUACCGUGAGAAUUUCCCCAUCAAGAGCUCACCCGAUUUGCAAAUACAUACCUUCAGCGGCAAAUCUAUACUCAUCAUACGUCAGGUGUUUGUCGAAGACUCCGCUGUCUUCUCUUGCAUUGCUGAAAAUCGCGGAGGCACUGCUAAGUGCAGCGCCAAUUUGGUGGUUGAAGAACGUCGUCGUGCCGGCAAAGGUGGUCUCACACCGCCCAGCUUUGUGAAUGUUAUACAGAGUGCCAAUGUUGCCACCGGCCAAUUGGCACGUUUUGAUGCCAAGGUAACUGGUUCGAAACCAAUGGAUGUCUAUUGGUUAAAGAAUGGUCAGAAGAUACAGCCUAGCAUAAAAUUCAAAAUGCUUGAAGAAGAUAAUGUUUACACACUACUCAUUAUCGAACCAUUCGCCGAAGAUUCCGGCCGUUAUGAGUGUGUUGCCGUCAAUGUAGCCGGUGAGGCACGUUGUGAUGCCGAUUGUGUUGUACAAUCACCAACCAAACCGGAUAAACCCACCACGCCAGGCAGUGAAAAGCCACCACACAUUAUUGAGAAGCUGAAGAGUCAAUCGGUUGAGGAGGGUAGCAAGGUAAUCUUCCGUUGUCGUAUUGAGGGCAAGCCCACACCAACUGCACGUUGGUUGCGUGGUGAGAAUAUUGUAAAGCCAUCGCGUUACUUCCAAAUGACACGUCAAGGUGAAUACUAUCAACUGGUGAUUUCUGAAGCCUUCCCCGAGGAUGAGGGUACCUAUAAGUGCGUCGCCGAGAAUAAGCUAGGCAGCAUACAGACCAGCGCUCAAUUGAAGGUGCGUCCAAUUGAGAAUCUCGAUGCCCCACCAACAAUCACUGCACUGAAAGAUGUCUCCGUGACCGAGGGUAUGCCAGCACAAUUCAAGACAACCGUUACCGGUAAAGUGAAGGCGACCAGUGUGCAAUGGUUCCGUGAGGGUGCACUCAUACCGGAAACCCCUGACUUCCAAAUGAUCUUCGAUGGCAAUAGUGCCGUACUACUUAUUGGAACAACUUAUGAAGAGGAUUCGGGCGUAUUCACCGUACGUGUAACCUCAUCAACUGGACAGGUCGAGUCGUCAGCUAAGUUGACUGUUAAAAAACGACGCAUUUCGGCCUUCCAACUACGUCCAAUCGACUCGGUCGAAGAUGAGACUUCAUCAUCCGGUAAGGAAGACAGCUCACCCGAAUCGCCACACCCCCAACAGCCCGGCGCACCGCAGUAUGGUCAAUUCUUGGCCAUCAACGGGCAGGCACCACAUCAGGGGCGGCAACGCACUAAAAAGCCCCGCAGUAAAUCACUACAGCCACACUCAAAUAUUGUACCUUGGCGUAAAUCAUCACGACCCAGACGCGGACGUUCGUUAGAUAAGCAACCCUUCUAUCCCGGCUACAAACCGGAGCCGAUUAAAUCAUGGACUGAAGAAACUAUAAGUCUGAAACCAACACCAAUCGAAAAGAAAGUCAUUCCAAAAAUGGAAGCCGCUAAAGUUGAACUCAAAUCCAUCAAAGAGCAACGCAAUCAAGGUUUGAUGGGUAUUGGCGCCACACUCGAUCAAAUUAUCGCCGGUAAGACUGAAAAGGAAGCCAUUCCAUGGAUAAAGAUGCGUGAUAAACUGAAACACGUGGAGAGUGUGCAAAAGCAAUUGGACAAAUUCGAUUUGGAUGAAGUGUAUCUGCGUCCCAUCGAGCAACCAAUUGUCACCGACAAAAUAGCGCCGCAGCAAGCGCAGCAAGAGCAAAUCGAACGCACCAACGAAAUACAGCGGCUGCGUAGCAUGGAGAGUAUUGAAAUAACCGAGAUGACGGAGCAAAUCGAAAAGCUCAUCACGAAGCACCAGAAGGAGGAUGCGAUACCGUGGAAGGAAAUGCGUCAGCAUUUAAAGAGUGUACAACGUGUUACAAAUCAAAUUGAAAAGUUCAAGAUUGAGGAAGUAGAACUGCGUCAUUUACAAUCGCAGACCACCACCACACAAGAGGUGACCAAUGCCACGCAGGACACCGUCUAUAUGACUGUGGACGAGAGCUCAAAGGGUUCCAUACAGAAGGUGUUGCGCAAGGAGGAUGUACAACAACAAUAUGAAGAUAUCAACCAACUGCAAAAACAACAGUAUAUCAUAAGUGAAGAUAUCAAUAUGUUGAGCGUAGCGGAGCGCGAGAAACUCGAGGCACAACGCAUCAUCCAGCAACAGCAGCCAGUCAAUUGGCGACAGGGACGUAAAGUACCUACCCUACAGCCGCUUACCUCAAUGGAAGAUACUUCAAUACUCAAGACUGGCCUCACCACGCAAGAGCAGGUCGAACAAAGCACACAACAGCAGAAGUUCACAACCGUUGAAGAUACCAAAAUGAUGAGUAUUGAAGAGUACGAACACUUGCAAAUGAUGAAGCGUACGCAAGAAGAGAAGGCGGUCGAAUGGCGUCAGCCCAGGCAAGUACAGGAAUUCCAACAAGUUGAGGAUACCACAAGAUUGGCAGUACAACAACGCCAAGAUACAGAGGAGCAACAAUUCACACAGCCACACCCGGCUAUGUGGGACCGUGGCCGUAAGAAACCACAACCGCAGCAAGCGCAACCACAAGCACCACAACCCGCUGAGCCAUAUCCCGAGCAACCUAAGACAUACGAAGAAGCAGUCGACACGUUGCCAGAGGAGACUGUACCAGUGCCAGCCGAUCAGCCGACACCUGUGAUGUGGGAACGUGGUCGAAAGAUGGUGUCUUCACAACAACAGCAAAUCUCUGAAACUCGUCAUGUAUCGGAAGUGGCACAACAACAGUACGUAGAACAACAGCAAAUCAUUGAACAACAACAAUACGUCGAAGAAACUAAGAAGACUAGUGUACGUAAAACCGUUGCGCCACGAGAACCGGAACAGAAAAUGGAACAAGUUGUACUCAAACCCGCACCAAGACCACGCCCGAAACUGCCACAAAAAACUGAAGAAGUGCAAUUAGAAACCGUAAAACGCAAACAGUCCACUCAAAUAACGGAAGAGCAGCUCACACGGGCCUAUGAGGAGGCCGUUGAUACGCUUGAGGAAACGGCAACGCUACAACAGCCGCAGGCACCACAACCCGUUCUAUGGGAACGUGGUAAAAAGAAGCCAACUCAGGCAGAAGAAGUGGUCACCGAACAGCCAACCAAAGCUUAUGAAGAGGCUGUAGACGAAUUACCGGACCAAGUAUUACAACAACCCGAGCAGCCACAACCGGCACUCUGGGAGCGUGCUAAGAAAGCGCCAACAAGUAUUGUAGAGCAAGUAGAACAGCAACAACAAGUUGUUGAAGAACAAAAGGUUGUUGAGGAAGCUAAAAAGGUCGUGCGCAAGGUAUUACCGCAAGAGCCAGAGCAAAAGAUGGAGCAGGUGGUGCUCAAGCCUACGCCACGUCAGAAACCGAAGGAAACACCUAAACCUGAAGAAGUACAACUUAAGCCCAGCAAACAGCGACAGCCAACACCUGCCGAAGUAGUGGAUCAACAGCAACCAACACAAGCGUACGAGGAAGCGGUUGACGAACUACCGGAAGAGCCGAAACCUCAACCGCUUGAGCAAGCACCAGUAUUAUGGGAACGUGGUAAGAAGAAACCCAUAAAGCCUGUCGAGCAAAAGUUAGAAGAACAGCCGGUUAAAGCGUACGAAGAAGCUGUCGACGAGUUGACUGAGCAGCCAAUUGUGGAGCAAGCUAAACAGCCAGAACCUGUUAUGUGGGAGCGUGGUAAACGCGUAAAGCCACAGCCUGAAGAAAUUGCUGAAGUCAAACAAAAAGUAGAAGAGCAUGUUACGGAGGAACACACCCUUGUUGAAGAAACUAAGAAGAAAGCAACACGUAAAAUCAUACCACAAGAGCCAGAAAAAGUGGAACAAGUUGUUCUGAAGCCCACACCAAAGCAAAAACCCAAAGAAGCGCCUAAAGCUGAAGAAGUACAACUUAAACCAACCAGACGACCGCAGCCAACAGAAGUUGUGGAUGCACAGCAAGAAGAGCCCAUAAAGAGCUUCGAAGAGGCCGUAGACGAAAUAAAAGAAGAGGAAGCUCAACUUGAAGAACAACCGCAACCAGUUGUGUGGGAACGUGGAAAGAAGAAGAAACCCGUCAAAAAGGUAGAAGAGAAACCCGAAGAGGUACCACAAGCACAAGAAGAAGUGGUGGAUGAAAUUCAAGAGCCAAAGGCGGAGCAACCAGAAGAAAAACCUGUAAUGUGGGAACGCGGUAAGAAGAAACCGAAGGUGCCAGAGAAAGAAAAAGAAGAAAUUGAAAUCGUAGAAACUCAGAAAGAGGAAGUCAGGGAAGAGGAAAUAGUUGAGAAGAAGAAGGUUAAGAAACCUAAGAAGAGGCCAAGUGUCACCGAUGUAAUAAAAACUGAGGAUGAGGCACCCAAGGUUGAAAAAGAAGACGAGGUAGUAGCUGAAGAACUACCUGAGGAGACCCAGCCAACAAUCGAAGAAGAUAAGGAAAUAGUGGAAACAACGGAAAUUGCGGAGAAAGCAAAAACGAAAAAAGCAAAGAAACCAAAGGCAAAACCAGUGGAAGAAAUUGAAACCAUAGAAGAACCAGAAGUGCCAGAUGAGGUGGUAGAAGACACCGUUGAUGUCAACAUAAUAGAAAGUGUUGAAGAGAAGAAACGCAAAGUCAAGAAGGUAAAGAAACCAAAGAAAGAGAAAGCCGAAGAAGAACUCGAAGAGCUACAACCUGAAGAAGUGCAGGAAGAAGAAAUAGAAGAAGAACAAGUACCAGAAGAGCCUGUACCAGAGGAGAAGAAACCCGCUAAACGUAGGGAGAUCAAGCUAGAAGAGCCUGAGCAGGUCGAGAAGGUCACGCUCAAGCCAGUUCCACGCAAACAGUUACCUAAGCCGGAAUCUGAGAAACCAGAGGAAGUUGCAUUAAAACCAACAAAGAAACAUGUUGUUCCAGAAGAAAUGCAAGUAGAAGUUGAGACACCACAGGAUGUGACCGAAAAGGUAGCUAUUGAAGUUAUUGAAGAAAUCACCAAAAAACGUGUUAAGAAGAAGAAGCCAAAGAAGAAGACUGUUGCAGAAGAAGAAGUAGACGAGGAAGGCGAACAACCCACGGAGGAAGUAGAAGAAGAAGAAGAGGAGGUUAUAGAACCGUCGCCAGAAGUUGUAGAACAACCGGUUGAGGAUGUUGUUGAAAAGCCAGAAGCGCCAACACAGCCCAAACCGAAACCGAAGCCAGCACUUAUCGAAGAGAAGGUGGAAGAAGUCGCACUAAAACCUAUCAGAAAAGUAAAGAAGGAGCUACCCGAAGAGCAACCCAUCGAAGAAGUUCAACUUAAACCUGUAAGACGACCACAACAAGUGCCAGAAGAACAGAAAUUGGAAGAGGUAGUCUUACAGCAUGUGGAGAAGGAAGCGGAGGAAAUACGUGUUGAAGAAAAGAAAAAGGUAAAACGUGUAAAGAAACCUAAACCAGAAGAGCUGUCCGAAAUACCAGAUGCAGAACCAGUGCAACUCGAAGAAGCCGAACAUUAUGAUAUUGAAAAAGAGCCAGUGGUUGAGGAACCGCAACCGCAAGUGCCAUGGAAGCGUGGUGAAAAGAAGAAGCCUGUUCAGGAACAAAUGGACGAGAAACAAUGGCCAACAGGCAAGAGAAGGCCACUACCAGAAGAGCAACCAGAGGAGAUUACACUCAAACCCAUACCACAAAAGCCUAAGGAGGUGCCAGAGCAGCCAAUCAAAGAAAUUCCCGCACCCAAAUUGACGCCAGAAGAACGACCAGAACCCGAGGAGGAAGAACUUGAAAUCACACCAAUACCAGUGGAAGAUGAAGCCAAGCCACAAAAGGAGAAACCAAAGAAGGAUAAAAAGAAGAAACCAAAAUUACAAAAGGCGACGCCAUCAGUAGAUGAAGUAACCGAGGAAAUAGCCGAGCCAUUCAAUGAACCCAUCACCGAAGAAGAUCAAGUGGAGGAAAUACCAAUUGACGAAAUCAAAGAAGUAGCCAUCUCCGAAGAAGUGCUACCCGAAGAAGAAGUCGUGCCAUCUGACGAGGUCCCAACCACCAAACAAAAGGCGCACAAGAAACGUACGAAACGCCUAAAGGAUGCCUCGCUCGAAGACCAACCACAACUGCUCGAAGCAGAAAUUGUUGAUCUCGAAACCGAGGAGAUCGUCGCACAAGAAACCACACAGGAAGUAUCACAAAAGACAAUAACAUUGAAAAAGACUGAAGACAAUCGACCACAAUUCAUAACCACUGAGCAACUAAUCGAACUCGAUGUGGACGACGUGCGACGCGGCAUUGACAUGAAGGUCACAUCGAAUAUUGUGAAGAAAGAAACACGACGCAUCAUUUUGGACGACAGUCAACCAUUACCCGAGCUUGAGCUGAUUACACAAAAGCGCAUACAAGAGGGUAUUGAUAUGUUGCCCGAUGAAGAGCUAAUCGAAGAUCAAACAGUACCGCAAAAGGAGGAGACCACAACAUCGGAGGUGCAAAAGCAGGAACGUAAACUGGUGCGCAAGAAGAAGAAGGAAAUUAAGCCACCACGAAUUACCGAAAAACUGCGACCUGUCAUGUGCACGCCCGAAGCGCCCACAGAACUUGAAUGUAAGAUCGAGGGCACACCCUUCCCAGAAAUCAGCUGGUACUUCAAUGACGUGCUCUUAUUCGCUUCGGAGAAAUAUGAAAUCACGGUAAUGGAGGAUGUAGCCAAACUCAAGAUAGCCAAGGUCACGCCGAGCGAUGUGGGCGUGUACACAUGCGAAGCACGCAACGAGGCAGGCGUGGCGACGAGUCGUGCCAACAUCUUUUUAGAAAAAGAGCAAGGCAUUGCACCACAAUUCACAAAACCACUCAAAAUCGAGUUCACCGAAGAGAAGGAACCCGAAUUGUUGAGAGUCACUGUGACUUGUCAAGUUCUCGGCAAACCAAUGCCACAAGUGAAGUGGUAUCGCGGCACCGAAGAGGUUAUACCCAGCGAAACGGUACAGACAUUCUACAACGAGGAGACCGGCGAUGUCGCAUUGGAAGUUAUUAAUCCCACACCCAACGAAGCGAUCACGUACUCCGUGCAAGCGCAAAAUGAUUUUGGACGCGCCAUUGGCAAUGCCAACAUACUUAGCCGCGUAGAUGAGGCACCACCGGAGGUAUUGAAGCCACCUAAGGUGACACCGCUCAAUGCACAAGUUAUACCGACCGGUGGCACCUUGUUGUUCGAGGCCAAAUAUGAGGGUAUGCCAAAACCAGAAAUCACUUGGUUGCGUAAUGGUCGUGAAAUCCAAAUCAACGAGGAUGUGACCAUUGAAACCACAGAGACUACCACAACGAUAAAGAUUAUUAAUAUGAAUCGCAAGCGUACCGGUAAAUAUGAAGUUUGUGCGAAGAACAAAGUGGGUGAGGCUAAAUCAUCCGGUUCGGUUAUGGUUACCGAUCAAGCGCCAAACAGAGAAAUCAUACCACCACGUUUCGUACAACCGCUACAACCGAAAUAUUUCGGUGAAAAUGAGGUAGCCAUAUUAGAAGCUGUCGUCACAUCCGAACCACUCUCAUCAUUCCAAUGGUUUGUCAAUCUCGAACCACUUAAAAGCACAAAUGAACUGCGCAUUGUUUCGCAAGCGAACAAGUCGACGCUAUUGAUUGAAAACUUCCAAAAGAAAUUCGUUGGUCCAUACACUUGCCGUGCGGAGAAUGUGGGCGGUUCAGUUACAUCGACAGCCACCGUUAAAUUACUGGAAGAUAGUCCACAAGAGACUGUGGAAGAAUUCGAAUCGCCACGAUUUGUUGAAGAAUUGUUAGAGCCGAUUACGGUAAUGGAUGGUGAGGCGUUGCUGCUUACAUGCAAAGUAAUUGGCAAGCCGACGCCGCAUGUUGUUUGGUAUCAUAAUGAGGAGAAAGUUGUUGAAACCAAAGAGACGUUAAUAUCACAGGAUGCCGAUGGCCGUUGUCAGUUGCAAAUUACCGAAGUAUUCCCCGAAAAUGAUGGUGAAUACAAGUGUGUGGCCAGUAAUAAAAUAGGCGAAGCGCUGACAAAGACAUUCGUUAAUGUACAAGCAUUUGAAUAUAUCCCCGAUUCUGAAAUCACUGGACUCACUGGUUCCGAAGAGGAUCUCCUAGAUAAGACUCUUUCAAUCGACGAACAACCACCGAAAAUUAUUAAGAAAUUACCAGAAAAAAUCGAACCCAAAGAGGGUGAACUAGCGAAAUUGGAAGUUAAAGUUAUUGGCAAACCAAAGCCAAAAGUUAAGUGGCUGCGCGACGACGAGGAGAUAUUCGCAUCGGAAGAAUAUCAAAUCGAAAAUUUCGAAGAUGGCACCUCAGUGCUGGUCAUCAAUCACGUCUAUCCCGAUGAUGUGGGCACCAUUAGUUUUGAGGCACACAAUCCAUUGGGUGUAGCAGUGACCACGGCGCUAUUUGCGGUUGAAGGCAUCGUUGGCACCAAGGACUACCGCAAGCCGGAAUGGGUUACUCAUAUGGAAGAAAUGCAAAAGGCCCUUAAAGAAACAACAGCACCUUUGAUAGCCACAAAUGUGGAUGAGAAAAUCAUACAACAAGUGCAAGAACAACAACUACUACAACAACAACAAGAACAUAAACAAACAAUUAUCAUAAAACAACAAGUACAACAACAAGAACAACAACAAGAACAAGAACAAGUGACAAAAGUAAUCGAGAAAGUUAAAAAGAAGAAAAAGAAAGUGUCACAACAUCAGCAAGAAAUUCAAGAAAUUGUAGAAAUCUACGAACAACAACAAAAACAGCAAAAACAAGAAACGCUCACUCAUAAAAACCUACAAGCAUCUAAAACGCUCGAAGAUUUCUACACCACCGACACCGCAGAAACCCUACAACCAGAAAACAUACCACAAUACGAAACAAUACAAGCUCAAACACAUUCACAAGAUACCAUAGAGACAACAGCGCUAACGCAAGUCAUAGAGCUAUCCACCGAUAUGCCAAAGCCAAAAGUGGCACAAUCUCAGCUCACACACGUUCAAACAGUGGCAAAGCAAGAAGAAUCUAAUGCGCUCGAGGUAGAGAAAAACCUUCAGUUGCAAAGUAGGCAACCGAGCGAAAAACUGCAAGAAAGCAUAACGAUGGCAGCACGACGAGCACCCGAAGUGAGUGAGUUAGAGACCAAGCAAAGCGCUACGGAAUUGGUAAAAGAAAGAAAGCCAAAGAAGGCGCAAGCGCAGCCAAGUGUAGAUAAAAUGGACGCGUUAUUAGUGGAGAAGCCACUUAUUGAAGAUUCAGUAGACGAUUUGACAAGUGCUAAAGUGUCCGAAGAGCAUAUUGAGCCGACUCUAGUGCCACAUAUUUCACAACAGCAAUUGGAGUUAACAACCGCUGAUGCGUUGGACGAGCUGCCUGAACACGUAUUGCGUGAAAAGACAGUUGAGCACGCUAAGCCGGCAUUUGUGCCGCAUAAGAGUGUGUUUAUAGAGGAGUUGGUAAGCAGCGAAACAACUGAGGCGGAAAUUGUUAAACAAAAACUGGACGAAAAGUUAGCGCCGGUUGAUGUUGUGACUGCCGAAACAAGCCUAGAAGUGGUGGAAGUGCAACCACAAGAUACUACAUUAGACUACGAGUCGCCGCAAGUAAAGCAUGAGUUGGUAGCGCAGCCGACCAGGGUUGAGCAAAUAGCUUAUGUGACUAGGGUGGAGAAAACCAUUGAUAAAGAGGAAGAAUUUAAGCAACCCAGUGCACCUGUGCAGGCGCUUGCGGAUAUUGCGGUCUCCGAAGAGACACAGCCACUAGUGGUGACACACAGCGCAGCCGCAGAAACUGUGCGUGAGUUAAGAUCACAAAAAUAUCCGGACGAAAGCAGUGCACUUGAAAGUUUAAUCCUGCAAAGUAGCUUAAUAGGCACACAACCAGAUUUGCAGAGUCCCUUGGAAGAGGUACCUCAAACUGAUUUAACCACACGGCAAGCGGAGCUUAAUCUAACAGAAAACCUACAUGUAAUCGGCAAUGUAGCGACCACACUCGAGCAGCGCCCCGUCGACCUUGUGCCCGACAUCAUGCCAAAAGCAGUCGUGGCUGAAAGUGAACAAGCCCAUAGUCUGCUUAUCGGGCAAGUAAGUGAAACCGUGACGGAGGAACGCACAGAUAAGUUCGAACAGGUAACACCAACACCAGGUAAGCUCACGAAAACUGCGCUUACAUUAACAAAUACGAUCGCGCUACGCACGGAGAAUAUAAUUUAUGAUGCGAACGCGUUACUGGCUAACGAACAAGCCGCGGCGCAGCAUACAAAGCGCGGCUACGAAGACGCUGUUGGAGUAGCCGAUGUGCAUGCUGUCGAGACGCAUGAUAAAGAAAUACCAUUGCCAGAGCAAAAACAAGAAAGUGCUACAGCAAAGUAUAGCUAUGUUGAGCAAACCCCGCUGACCAUCACAGAUGAUCAAACACUAGAGGCAGCUGGCGAUUGGCAAACCACCCUGCAGCCACACAGUCCAACCGCAAAUCAUAAACGGGCGGAAAUCAAUUUAACCGCACCAAGUGUGCUAGAAGUACCACCCCAAGCCAGUACUGGAGCAUUGGAAGUGGAUAGGCCAAAAUCGGUUGCAGCCAUCAAAACAAUUGACGCCAUAUUUGGCGGUCUUAGCGAAAUGCAGGAUAUCUUGGAAACUCACACGACAUUCGAAAAACAUGACCAGCCUGCAGAGAAAGCGUUGCAGCCCUUACCAAGUCGAGAAAUGCAACCUUUGGCGAUAUACCAAGUACAAACCACCGAAAUGGAUGGCAUACUUCACCUGCCGGAUAAGCCUACAAUGCAUGCUUUACGUGAGAUUACGCCCGAGACAUACACACCACUUGAAAGCUCCGAAGUCGUUACGCUACACACGACGCUUAGCGCAGAAGAACAAGUGAAACCACAAACGGUUAAAGCCGAUGUCGCACUACAGACAGAGCGUGGAACAAGAGUACAACAGCAACAGACAACAUUAGAUGCAGUUGAGGCACUUAGAACGGAUGAAUUACCUGCAAAACAAACUGCAGAUAGUGAUUUUGAGUUAUCACAACCAUUGGAAGUAUUGACGACAGCCACACAUGACCGUGAGUCAACGCUGACGCAACCGGAAGCACCUGCUGUAAAGGAAGCUUUGACGGUUACAACAGCCACUUUACCCGUGGCUAACGCAGCGAGUACGCAGCCCAUUGAGGCGUUAGCCGCACUCGGCGAGUCACCGUUAGAUAAACAACAUGCCCACUAUGGCUACAACGAGUUAAUAUCAACAGUGCAAACUAAAGAUGAGACACUGGAGGGCGUUAAAGAGUAUGAAAGUAAGCAAGCACCUACGCACGGCAUGGCCACCAUGGAGUUGGUUGCCCAUAAGAACGCCUUUGAGGUGCAGACCACAAGCUUAACCGAAAAAGAAGAAAAGUUAGCCGAUGACAAGCCCAUAAUGAAGGGCUCCGCGGAGCUUAAAUUGAAUGAAUCGACGCAGAAGACCGCACUAACGCAAGCGCUUUACGUGCACGAUACAACGGGUGACUUAAAGGGAGUUGAGUCAUUAGAAACUACAGGAAAACCGAUUACCGAUAACUUCUUUGAAGUUGCAAUCAAACAAGAAAAUGUUUACGAGAAGGAGACCACACUCGACGCCUAUGAAAAAGGCAAAGAAUACUCCGCAACAAUAACCUACAAUACAGAAGAUGCUAAGGUGAUCGAACAGAACCAAUUUUAUGAGCUUGAACAGGCUUUCGAUCAAAAACAGCCCAUGGAGGCUACAGCACAGACAACAGCACAAACGGAGUUGUUGAAACUGCCACUAAGCGAAAGCAUUUACGACUUGGAGAAUUUGGGCGAAAUCGAUAAAUUGAAACUCACAACUUCCUCCGCAAUAUCACAAUAUCAAAACUUGAGUGAGACUAUAAUAUCAGAAAUCAUAGCUUACGAAGACUCACGCCCCGAUGCAAUAGCGUUGCCAGAACACGUGGAGCAGCGAAUUGAAGGAACAUUAACUCUCGCCGAGCAUGCGGCUAUCGGACGUGAAAAUAUUGUCAUUGAAGACGCCGAACACUUCGCAGAUAAGCCGAUUUUUGUUAAGAAAACAGCAAGGGAAGCCACAAGUGAGCAACAAAUGCAUGCACCAGUUUUAGAGCAAGCUAGCACAUUAGAUGCACCGGCAAAGCUCCUACCUGCAGAACAACAGGCGGAGAGAGCGAAAUCCGGCGCUGAACAAACACUACUCACCACAAAUAUUGUUAGUGUGACAGGUGUAUACGAAUAUUUGAAGCCCGUUAAAGAUGCCGAGCUCAUGCCGGAGACGCAUGCGAAUAUCGCACAUACAACUCAACAUAUAGCCACAAUACAAAGCGAGCAACUUGCUGAAAGCGAAGGCAGUCUGAAAUUGCCGAAGCCGGUUAGUACACAAGCCACCGAAGGCGAAUUAACUAAAACACUAGGUUUGCCUGUGGUAAAGGAAACCACUGUAGUGGAGGCUGAAGAGCCGUUAGUUAUGGAUACUAACAUACCAGCGGAACUAAAAACCACAUUCGCAGGGGCACAGCACGAGUUGAGUGUGACGCAAGUGCAAAGCUAUGAGAAGACUGGUGAGCUACUAACAAAAGACAUCGUGCCCAAAGCUACACUUAGUCCCAAUUUAGAAAGUACAUACAGACCAACGCAGGUCGAGACCUACACGCCGGUGUAUGCGAAAGAGGGUGACAUACAGCAAUUCAAGCCGGACGAACAGCAUGCGAAACCAUACGUGGAGGGCAUGUUAACGGAGACCAUAACCACGGAUGUAAAACCGUUUGAGGAAACUGUUGCCUUAGACAAGCUGGAAUUUGCGCUAAAAGAAGCCAAACCCAACACCACCAUCGAUGGACAUACUCAACAACUGCAAGUCGAGCGACUGGAUAUUAUAUUAGAUAAGGAAGAUAGCUUUGAAGACAUCGUCAAAACCGAAAAGGUCAAAACCGACAUAGAGGGUGCUCAGCACGAAACACUUGUAACGCAACCAGCUGCACUCGAGCAAGUAACAGACCUACAACCAGCUCAGUUAAAGGCAGACAAAUUGGCACAACAUGCUGUAGAGGACAGUAUGCGUCAGGCGCAAACAAUUAACACACAGACAAUAUUGGAGAAAGAAUUGCCAAGUAGCGACGCAAAGCCUACCGCAUACACCGCGACGCCGCAAACGACAGCAUUGCAAAAUGACAAAACUAUUGCCGAAUUAACGGCUUAUGAAGCGGUGCAGCCACUGGCUGAAGCAAAAGAGAGCCUACAACCACAGCUAGCCAUCGCAAGCUUGGUUGCAAGUCAUCAGCAAACACAAAUUACAACCUUGCAAGAAACACUCAGCAAAGAGGAGAGCAUAACAAGCGACCAACCCAGUCAGCAGAGCGCAGUGCGUUUGCCUGCCGACAAAAAUAUUGCCCACACAACAGAGGAGACCAUUGGCUUGAAUAUUAUAACAGAUAUAUAUGACUUACGGUCGCAACCUGAGCAUGUCGCACAAAGCACACACGGCGAAUUGAAUGAGAGCAUGCGAGUUACAGAGUCAGUGCCCUACGAGCAUAUAACCGCACUCACAACUGACGAGCCAACACAACACUUAUUACCCAGCACUCUGGAGCCGUAUGAACAAACGAAAUCAGCCGAAAAAGCGGAAGUGGAUAUUUUUGAAAGCCUGCAGUACGCGGGUGAUUUUAAGCCACAAACCGUCGAAGGUUUGGCAAGCAGUAUUGUGUUACCCGAACUGAAAGUCCCAUUGGUUGAUGAGGUUGAGAUCAAACCGACACUGGAGCGCCUGUCCGACAAUAAACCGAUAGAAGAGCAUGCCAUUGCCGAGACACCAGCACAGCAUAACAUUAGCGUUAGUACAGAAACUCCAUAUGAGAGUACCGCUAGUUUGCCCACACUGAAAAAACCUGACGAUCAAAAGGCUCUUCAAAGCGUCACAGAUACUAGCGCAUCGUACACGGCCAUCACUGAUGCGCCGCCAUCAAUAACCGAAAACAUCAUUCAACUCGAAGAUAUAACGCGUGAUAAAGAUCAGCAAGCAGACGUUAGCAUAACACCACAAUAUAGUACGUAUUUGCAAGAACAAACUACCGUACAGGAUUAUCUCAACACUAUAGACACACACACACCCACACCGGAUACGACCAAGUGGCAGGUUCAACCCCAACAUGCUUUAGCCGGUAGUGAGUUGCAAACUUACGAACAAACGAUGCCACAUGCCACAGAUUUUACACAAAGUAGCAUAGCUACAGAAACACUAGAGACUAUAACAACAAGCACAGAGAUACAAAUGACACAAUUCAUAUCAGAAAACUCGGAAGACACUUUAGCUACAACAAGGACUAAAACUGAUCAAGCCAUAAGCACAUAUCAGCCACAUAUCACAUAUGAUCAAGCAAGUGUUCUUGAAUUUGAGACGGAAACAAAGUUAGAAACAUUACAACAACAGCAAAAUCCACAUGAACAACUGCAAACAGCAAGUGCUCAACCCAGCCACAUACUACCCAUACAGCAUAAAGAAAUGGCUAAUGAGAGCACUAAAGAUUUAUCGGUACAAGACACCACAAUACCUAAACAACUAAUCACAAUGCAAACGGAGUCCAUAGAGGCUCUUACAGUUGAAGUAGUACCGGCAUAUCACACAAUCGUUGAAGGUAUAGGAGAUGAAGUUAGUCUAAAACAAGAAAAGCCUAAGUACAUACAUGAAACCAUGAAAGACCUAGUAGAUAAAGUAGAAACACUAAGUGUAAAAACCGCCUUCGACACACCGAUACAAUCUCACACUACAGAACACAAAACACAACAACAGAAAACACUUAUUCAUGAUGAAGCACAGACCACAGAAAUGCCCGAAGAAAUACGCAUAAUAGAGACAAUCUCCGAGGAUGGCAAGCCAAAGAAAAAGAAGAUACGUACUCGCGUCAUCAAGAAGGUGAAGGGUGACAAACAAGAAGUCACCAAGAUUCAGACGGUUGAAGAAGAUGACAAACAUCCCGAAACUACUGUCACAGUUGAAGAAACUCCGGUUGAGGAAGCACCUGAGGAAGUAAGUGAAUUACCCGAAGAGGUGCGUGUGGUUGAAACUAUCUCUGAAGAUGGAAAGCCAAAGAAGAAGAAGAUACGUACUCGCGUCAUCAAGAAGGUGAAGGGUGACAAACAAGAAGUCACCAAGAUUGAGACCGUUGAAGAAGAUGACAAACAACCCGAAACUACUGUCACAGUUGAGGAAACUCCGGUGGAGGAAGCACCUGAAGAAGUAAGAGAAAUGCCUGAAGAGGUGCGUGUGGUUGAAACUAUCUCUGAAGAUGGACAGCCAAAGAAGAAGAAGAUACGUACUCGUGUCAUCAAGAAGGUGAAGGGUGACAAACAAGAAAUCACAAAGAUUGAGACCGUUGAAGAAGAUGACAAACAACCCGAAACUACUGUGACAGUUGAGGAAACUCCGGUAGAAGAAUCACCUGAAGAAGUAAGAGAAAUGCCUGAAGAGGUGCGUGUGGUUGAAACUAUCUCUGAAGAUGGGCAGCCAAAGAAGAAGAAGAUACGUUCACGCGUCAUCAGGAAGGUGAGGGGUGGCAAGCACGAAGUUACCAAAAUUGAGACCGUUGAAGAAGAUGACAAACAACCAAAAACAACCAUCACAGUUGAAGAAACUCCGUUGGAGGAAGUUAUUGAAGUUCCAGAAGAGGUGCGUGUCGUUGAAACUAUCUCCGAAGAUGGAAAGCCAAAGAAAAAGAAGAUACGUACUCGCGUCAUCAAGAAGGUGAAGGGUGACAAACAAGAAGUCACCAAGAUUGAGACCGUUGAAGAAGAUGGCAAAGUACCCGAAACCACUGUCACCGUUGAAGAAACUCCGGCCGAGGAAGCACCUGAAGAAGUGAAAGAAAUGCCCGAAGAGGUGCGUGUGGUUGAAACUAUCGCCGAAGAUGGCAAGCCAAAGAAGAAGAAGAUUCGUACACGCGUCAUCAAAAAGGUAAAGGGUGAUAAAGAAGAAAUCACCAAGAUUGAAACUGUGGAAGAAGAUGACAAACAACCCAAAACAACUGUCACAGUUGAAGAAAAACCAUUUGUCGAAGUUAUAUCACAAUCACGUUUAAAGAAAAGAAUUCGUGUGCAGAAACCCACAGACGAGGUGUCAGUUGUGGAGUUGCCAGAACAAAAAUCGGUUGUCAUAUCAAAGAACGAAGAUGGCACGCCAACGAAGAAAGUUAUCAAGACUAAGAUUAUUAAAAAAAUUGACGGACCCAAAAUGGAGAUUACUAAAGUAGAAACAAUUGAAGAAUUUGAAAAAAUUCCCGUUACCAAAGUUACUGUGCAAGAAUACGACGAGCCCUUCCCCGACAUAAAGCCAGCGGAUGAAACAGAUGUACCGUUACCAAUCGAAGAAUUGCCAGAAGAGAUUAUUAUCUCGGAGAUUGUAGCGAAAAAUAAAAAACCAAAACAAAAGAUUACAAAAACUCGAACAUUCAAAAAAGAAGCUUCACCUGAACCAGAAUUUUAUCAAAUACAAACCAUUGAGGAGGAAGGAAAGGAGCCCUACUCGCUCAUACGUGUCGUUAGUGAUGAUAGUAUUGCUGAUAUAAUCGAUAUUAGUUUGUUAGAGGAUGAGAAAACACCCAAACCAAAACCAACGACAGAAAGAAAAUCUAAAAAACAACACAAAACUAAGGUGGACAAACCCACACCCGAACACUUGACAACGGAAAAGCCCGUUUUCGUUACCACAUUCAAAUCGGUACAAAAUGAGGAUGGCGAAACAGUUAUUGAAACAGAAAAUAAGAAAAUAACCGAGGAGGAAGGCAUCGUAGUCGAGGAAGUACUUAGCGAUACUGAGCCGGUUAUGUAUGAGGAUCAGACUGCUAUAAAGAAUGUUGAAAUUGUAGAGGUCGACGGAUACACAGACCAAGAUAGCAAAGAGUACACAAUUACAGAACCCGAUGAUGUCAUUGAAGACAUUACACAAACACCAGAUACAAUUAAGAAAACGAAACAUAAACUUAGAAAACCAACUACACAAAAACAAUUCGAAAGUAUCGACGAAUUGCCCGACGAAGUGGUGAUUGAAUAUAUGCCCGAAGAGGUAUACGAAGUACAAAAACCAGUCGAAGUGAGUGAGGUGACAGUAGAUGAAGGUGAUUUGGUUGAGCCCAAAGUAACUGUGGUUAAAAAGCGAAGAAUUAAACAAAAGAUAGGUGAUCGUGAACAGGUUAUUGAAGUUGUUACUAAACAAGAAGAAGGUGAGGAUGACGAGAGUACAGUGGUGGUUGUUCAUUCGGAUCAUGAUGACGAUGUAGAUGAAGCACAACCGUCAAUGCAUGAAAUAAAUGUGGUUGAAGAGUUGGUUGGUGCACCCAAAGCGGCUGUUGAAGAAAAGCCGGUAACAAAGAGAAAACGCAAGCCCAAAAAGGUGGUGAAAAAAGAUGAUCUGGAUGAAUAUAUACAAUUCCUGAUCGAACAGGAAAUACCCAAAACUGUAUUACAAGAAUAUAAACGCAUAGAAAUGGAGCAACCGCAAAAGGCGCAAAGUGAAACAUUGCCAAAGCCGAAACCAAUUAAAUUAGUACCAAUGAAAGUGGAAAAUGUUGAGGUGAAAAAAUCGCGACAAAUUGAAAUCACAUCGGUGGCUGAGUUCCCGCAAAUGUUGAAACUCAAGAAGCCUAAACAGAAACCGAAGGUAGAAAAACCUAAGAAGGAUACAGCGGCUUUCAAGAAUUUCAAAUUGAAGAGCUGGAUAAAUUUCAUACCAUUUGCACCGUACUGCUUUAAGCCCACCAUAACUGAUUUGGAACCAAUACGCGGCUGUGGUGAGUUAUCGCGAAACAUCGAGGAAGCUUUGGUUAUAGUAAAGAAGCGACGCGUUAAGGUUAAACACAGUGAAAAGCCCGAAAAAGAUCUUGAAAUACUUGAUCUCGAAACAUGUGAAGCUCCACAACCGCUUGAGGAGCAACAACCGGAGAAGGUAGAGAAAUAUAAGCGACCUAAGAAGUUGCAAAAGGUGGAAACAACUGAAGUGCCUAAGAAAUUGAAACUGGGCAAAGGUAAACUACCAGAGAGCGUAGACGAUACGGAGGAAGUGAAAUUGAAGCCAAUAUCUAAGGCAGAUAAAUCAGAUAUUGUUGAAGAAAUGCCUGACAAGCCAACAGAAGAGAAACCGAAAAAGAAGAAGCGUGGCCGCAAGCCCGGCGCUGGUGAUACAUCUAUACAGUUCGAGCCUCUCGAUUUCGAAGAGAUAGCAAGUGAAGAUGAAGUACUAUCCGAAGGCACGGAUGCUUCACAACCAGAAACGGAUAUUACACCGGAUAAACCAAAGUACAAACGUAAGAAGAAGACACCAGCAAAACCAGAGACCAUAGAAUAUGCUAUUAAGCCACAAAAACCAAAGGAAACCGAGGAUACUAUAGAACCGGAAUGGAAGCUACGAAAAUCGCAAGGUAAAAAGCCAGAAAAUGAGGAUGAAGGAGUGACAUUGAAGCCAUAUCACAAAAUCGAAAUACUGGAAAUGGCGCCCGAAGACGCCGAACAGCCCACAGCGCCAACAGCGCCUGAAGUUAUUAAGAAACGUACGAAGAAGAUACGUAAAAUCAAACAAGAAACACCUGUUGAAGAGAACAUUAUAGAAAUAAGUGAAAUACCAGCAACAGCCGAAGGGGAUGUGCCCACUUUUGAAGUAACCAUAACAACAACGGAUGUACCUGAGAAACGUACUAAACCAAAAACUUUGAAAAAGAAGCGCGUCAAGUUGAUGAAAGAAGAAGAACUGGAAGACUUUAUUGCUGAAUUAACUGAAGCACCCGAAGAUAAGGUAUAUGAUUUCGACACCAUCGAUUUCUAUGAGGUUAAAGUACAAGAAUUACAGCCGGAAUUUAUCGAAGAAACUGUGGUUAAGGACGACGGUAAAGUUAAAACAGAAGUACGUAAGAAACGGAAACUCCUACACAAGAAGGGUGACGAAGAGCGGUUGAUCGAAAUUGUGGAAACAACCGAAUCUACGCCUGACUCAAAGGAAACUUUGUAUGAAGUGCUUGUUGUUGACGUUGAAGAAGAGCUAACACCCGAAUCAACAGUGACUAAAGAGAAAAAGCGCAAGCCCAAGAAACUGAAUAAAGAUGAAUUGGAUGAGUACAUACAGAAAUUAAUCAACGCUGAAAUUCCUAAGACAGAACUUGAAAAAUACGAAAAGAUCGACGUAGAUGGUAAGCCGAAAAAGCCUAAGAAAGCAAAGAAAGCGCCACAAAAGGCAGUGUUGGAAAUACCUGAUGCUUUGGAAGUAGACAUAGUUGAAACGAUUCCAAAAGAAACAGCUAAGCAAAAGAAACCAAAGAAGAAGGUAAUUCCCAAAGAAGAACAGGCCCAAGAAGAGCCUACCGAAGUGCCCACAACUGAGUACGCAGUUGGAGUUAAGGAUACUGUACCCAUCGAAGAGGAUAAAGAAAAUGUUGCAGACGACUCGGUAACUACAACAAAGAUUACGCCUGCACCGGAAAUCGUUGAGGGCGAUUUUGUACACAUUGAGGAAAUCUCCGAGGAUGUGAAAAUUGUGACAAAGCAAGAACCGAGCGGUGAAGUUAAAGAAGAAACAAUAACAAAACGGAAAUUCAAGAAGAAGAAGGGUGCAAAGGUCUACCUCGUGGAAGUUAUCGAGACACAUGCCAAGGAUGAACCAGUUGCCGAGGUAACAGUCAUAACAACUGAGGACGUCGAGAAGACUGAAGAAAUAUUACCAUCGGUACCAAAACGUAAACCGAAGAAAACUACCAAAAAGGUCAGAAAGGAAGAACUCAAAGAUUAUAUAAUGAAAGUUGUUGAAGAAAUACCAGAGGAAUUUGAAAUACAACCUAGAGAGGAAACAGAAAUUAAGGAAGAAGUUAAAAAGCCAGUGGAAGAGGAUAUUUUCUUCACAACCACUGUCGUGGAAGAUGCGCCUGAAGACAAAGACACUCCGACAACCGAGGAUGUUACGCCUGUUAAAGAAAAAAUCGAAGAGAAAAUUAAGAGGCCUAAGAAAUCCAAACAAUACAAGAUUGUCGAAACACAACCAGAAAGACAAGAGGACAAGCCAGACGAAGUCGAAGUGCAAUCCGAGGAAGAAACUGAUGUAACAGAAAGUCCAGUUGUGGAUAAAUUCCAGAUUGAAGUAAAAGAAAAGGAUGUUAAGAAAACAAAGAAGGUAAAACGUGUGAAGCCUAAGGAAGUGCAACCCAUUGAGAAAUAUGUUGUACGAAUUGAAGAAUCAGCCCCGGAAGUUACCACCACAGAAGUCGUUGACGAUCAAGGCGAGGUCACAAUCCAAACAACAACGAAACGUAAACUUAAGAAGAAGGAAGGACCUAAGGAAUACGUUAUUGAAGUUGUAGAGACAUUUGAAGAAAAUAAGCCGGACGAAGUCGAGAUAACAGUCUCAACAACCGAGGUCACUCCUACUGAUUUCACUGAGGAAGUGGUAGAGCCACUUAAAGUAACGAAGAAGAUCAAAAAGAAGAAAUCACCUAAGGAUAGUUUCGAUGAAUACUUACAGCAGUUAAUCGAGCAGGAAAUACCCAAAACGGAAUUGGAGGAAUUCACACCAAUCGAAUUUGGUAAAACACCAAAGAAAACUAAACCGAAAAAGAAGACGAAACAUCACAAGAAAACAGUCGAAAUUGUCGAUGGCGCGGCUGUGACAAUUCAUGAAUUUGACGUGGAAGAAAUACCAAGUGAAAAGGAAGAGGAAAUUGAAGAAGUACCAAUUGAGGAGAUUGGGGAAGAACAGCCGGCACCACAGGAUCAUCCAGAGUACAAAAUAGGUGUUACAGAUGAUCAAGUGGAACCAAUGAAAUUCGAUGAGGAGAUUAUUGAGGAUCGACCAGUCAAGGUGAAGAAACCUAAGAAGCCCAAGGAUGUGCCGAUUGAGGAAGCUCCUGUUACUUUGGAAGAAUUAGAAGAAACCGUUACGACUGUCCAGGAGGCAGAUGAAACUGGCGAAGUAAAAGAAAAGACCGUUAAGAAGCGAAAGAUUAAACGUAAGCAAGGACCUAAGGAGGCGGUAUUUGAAAUAACUGAAAUAGCCGAAGGUGAAGAUCAACCAAUUGCGGAAGUCACAAUUGUAGAAAUUGACGAAGUACAAGUGACACCUCAGGAGCAACAUCCAGCUAAGCCUGUUAGAAAGAUUGUGAAAAAACCAAAACAAAUUCCAAAGGAGGAUGUACAAAACUAUUUAGUAAACAUCAUCGAAGAAUAUGUGCAACGCGAAAUAAUUCCACAAAGUGAGGAAGAGGACGAAGUAAAACAAGUGGAGGAGGUCACUAAGAAGCGUGCCUCUAAACCUAAAAAGCACAAAGUCAAACUCACUGAAGAAGACAUCCAGCCUGGUGAAGAUAAGCCUGUCGAACAUUUCACUUCCGAAGAGGAAAAGCCCGAUAAGAUUUUAAGAACAGCGGAUGAGUACGAGGCUGAAAUAACUGAAACAACAGUGCCUGAAAAACCUGCCAAAAAGACAAUUAAAAAAAUCAAAAAGCAGAAAUCGACCACAGAGGUACCGGAUGAGGAGAGUCCAGAAUUUAUAAUACGCUUAUCAUCGUUUGAAGAAGCACCAGAAGAACAAACAUCAAUGGAAGAGGUUACAUUAUCGCAGCCGGUAGAAUCAGAAACAGUAGAAGAUUUUAAGGUGGUAGUUGAAGAGAUUGAAACAACAGAAGAUGUUAAGGAGAUUAUCGACGAAACUGGCGAAAAAGUAAAACAAACCACAAAGAAACGUAAGAUUAAGAAAGCAGUUGGACCGAAAGAAGAGAUAAUAGAAAUUAUAGAAACACAAUUAGACAAUUCACCAAUUGCAGAAGUAACUGUUGUAAUUGAGGAGAUAGGAAAAGUGCCGGACACGCCGGUGAAAGAUAAGCCUCAAGUUGAUAAACCAAAGAAAAUAAAGAAAGUUAAAAAGGACGACCUCAUUGAAUACAUCUACAAACUAAUUGAGGAGGACAUCCCAAAAACCGAAUUAGAAAAGUAUGAAAGAGUCGACUUGGAAGAACCAAUAAAACUGAAAAAGAAGAAGAAACCUGAAAAAAAAGAAGUUACAGUAAAAGAAGAGAUACCCGCUGAAGAACAACCAGAAUCUUUAGAGGUCGACGUAACUGAUAUUGAAGAGGUAAAAUCGAAGAAACCAAAAAAGAAACCCUCCAGGGAUGUAGUAGUGAAAGAAGAGGACAUACAACCAGCACAAGCAGAAGAAGAGCUCACAGUUACAAUAAAAGAAGAGGAGGUUCCUAAAAAACCGAAGAAGGUCAAGAAACUACCUGUGUCUGUUACCGAAACUGCGCCGCAGGAAAUCACAGAUGUAGAAUACAAGGUGGAAGUAAUCGAGGAGACGGUUGAAAAGGAAAAGAUUACCGAUGAAUCUGGUAAGGUUAAGGAAAAAAUUGUGAAAAAGAAGAAGGUCAAACACUCCAAAGGACCUGAAGAAGUUAUGCUAGAUAUUGUCGAAGUACACGAUAAGGAAAAUGAUGAAGCUGAAAUCACUGUAACAGCCACUAUGCCCAACAAGGAGGAUGAUAUGCCCCAGGAGGUACAAGUCAAGCAAAAGAAAACAAAGAAAAUCAAAACAAAAGAUAUUCCUGAAUAUAUAGCGAAAAUAGUAGAAGAAAUGCCCGCUGAAAUUUUCGAGGAAUAUAAACACGACGAAAUUACAGAGGCUCCCAAAAAACAAGAGAAAAAACCAAAACUCAAAGUCAAACCAAUCGAAGAUGAAGUGGUUAAAGAUGAAGAGAAAAUCCAUGAAUUCACUACGAUAGUUCUAGAGGAAGACCAACCACAAGCCGACGAUAUUGAUUAUGAAAUGAAAAUAGUGGAAGAGGAGCCUAAGCCCAAGAAAAAGAAGCCCGUCAAAUCAAAGGUAAAAGUAACAGAAGAGGAGAAACCCGAGGACACACAAUUGGCUGAAAUAGUUGUUAAGGAUACUGACUCUCAAGUUGUCGAGGAUAAACCAGAGCCUUCUGACGUAAUAAAAAUUGUGGAAGACGAAGUACCAACAAUUGAAGAAGAAGAAUAUAAAAUAACAACAAUUGAGGAAGAUACUAAGCCAAAGAAAAAGAAGCCUACCAAGCAGAAAGUUAAGGUCAUUGAGGAAAGUAAACCUGAAGAAGAAACUUCUGCCACUAUUGGUGUACAAGAAACAGCGCCUGAAGAUGAAAGCGAAGAAAUUCCGGAGGAAGAAGUAAAAAUUUCGGAAGAACAACCGACAUCUGAAACGGAAGAUUUAGAAAUAACAACAACGGAGGAACAACCAAAACCAAAAAUAAAGAAACCAACUAAAAAGAAGAUUAAAAUAAUGGAACAGGAUAAACCUGAGGAGGUGCCUUCUGAUGUUGUUACAAUUCAGGAAGCCGAACAACCUACAUCCGAAACAGAUGAGUAUGAAGUUAAAGUAACUGAAGAAGAGACAAAACCAAAGAAAAAGAAACCAGCCAAACAGAGAGUUAAAGUUGUGGAAGAGGGCAAACCAGAAGAGGUUCCUUCCGACGAAAUCGCAAUCCAAGAACAGGCUCCAGAAGAUAAAAGUGAGAAAGAUCUCACCGAGGAAAUAAAGAUUAUCCACGAACAACCUGAAACUGAAACUGAAGGCUAUGAAGUCUCAGUAACUGAAGAACAUGCUAAACAAAAGAAAAAGAAACCAGCUAAACAGAAGGUUAAAGUCGUUGAAGAGGACAAGCCAGUGGAUGUGCCUUCUGAGGAAAUUUCAGUGCAAGAAAUGAUACCUGAAGAUGUUGAAGAUAUUCCCUCUGAGGAAAUAAAGAUAAAUGACGAUCAACCUACAACUGAAAUCGAAGAUUUUGAAAUUAAACCAAAGGAAGAAAAAGAGAAACCAAAGAAAAAGAAGCCUACCAAACAAAAGAUUAAAUCAAUUGAUGAGGAUAGGCCUGAGGAAGUGCCUUCUGAAGAAAUAAAGCUUACCGAGGAGCAACCUAUAUCUGAAACCGAAGAUUUUGAAGUUCAACCAACAGAAGAACAACAAAAACCGAAGAAAAAGAAGCCUACCAAAGAAAAGAUUAAAGUCAAGGAAGAAGAAAAAUCUGAAGAGGUACCUUCUGAAGUGAUUCAGAUUCCAGAAGAUAUACCAAAAGAGGUCGAAGAAAUUCCAUCUGAUGAAAUAAAGAUAACCGAGGAUCAACCUACGUCCGAAACCGAAGACUUUGAAGUUAAACCGAAGGAAGAUGAAGAAAAACCAAAGAAAAAGAAACCAACAAAGCAUAAAAUUAAGGUUAUUGAUGAAGAAAGGCCAGAGGAAGUACCUGCUGAAGUGGUUGAAGUACCAGAAAAUGUACGCGAAGAUAUUGACGAUAAACCUACCACAGAGAUGGAAAGUUUCGAAGUUAAAAUAAUCGAAGAACAUGAGAAACCAAAGAAAAAGAAACCAGCGAAGCAGAAGAUCACAACAGCUGAAGAAGAUAAACCUGAGGAUGUGCCCGCUGAACCAAUGCAGGUUGAGGAGAUUGAAACUAAAACGGAAGUCAAAGAAAUUGUGGACGACAAGGGUGAAGUUCAAAAACAAAUAGUAACCAAACGCAAGCUGAAGCGCCAGCAAGGACCCAAGGAGGAUGUUAUCGAGAUAAUUGAAGUACAAACAGCUGAUCAGCCCGAAGCCGAAGUAACAAUCAUCGAGACACAAAAAGAAAAUAUAGAGGAAAGUGUUAAACCCAAAGUACAGAAAAAGAAGGUCAAGAAAGUUAAAAAGGACGAUUUACAUGAUUACAUACAAAAACUCAUCGAAGAGGAAAUACCAAAAACCGAACUAGAAAAAUAUGAAAAAAUUGAAUUUGAAACAUUACCGAAAGCUAAAAAGGCAACCGAAGGACAUUUCGAUGUCACCGUCGAUGACGAAACACCAGAAACAACCACCAAACCAGAGUCGAAGAAAAAACCGAAACCAAAGAAACCACAACAAUCCGCCGAGGAACAUCCACUUGCCGAAGUGCGCAUUGUUGAGCAACCAGUACCAGAUACCGAUGUACCGGCAGCACAAAUUAAAGUCAUCGAAAUCGAAACAACUGAAGAACCAGUUGUCAUAACUGAAGAAACACCAGCUGAAGUGAAAGUUGAAGAGAUCACAGAUCAAACAGGUGAACCAAUUCAACAAGUCACCACCAAACGUACACUGAAAAAGAAGGAAAAGGGCAAAAAGGAUAGCACCAUAAAUAUAAUUACCGUACAAGACGAUACAAGUCCAGAAGCGACUGUCAUAAUAACCGAAGAACCGGAAGCCGUGCCAACUGCUAACGAAGAAGAACAACAACCCGAAGAAACUGUACAAGUCAAAGAACAAAAACCAAAGAAACCCAAAAAGACAAUUAAGAAAAUUAAAAAGGACGAACUCGACGAAUAUGUACAGAAAUUAAUUGAAGAAGAAAUACCAAAAGUAGAACUAGAACAAUACGAGAAACCAGAUCUGCCAAUCGUUAAGAAACCAAAAGAAAAGAAAGAAAUCGCCACUAAACCACACGACACCGUACAACAAACGGAAAUACUUGAAGAAACACCUGUAGAUAGUGAAAAGAAACCAGAAAAGGUUAAGAAAUCAAAGAAACACAGUGAAACACCAACACCAAUACCUACUGAACAGAUUACACAAAUCGACGAAACACCACUUACAGACACUACAGACGCGGUUGUUAGUGUAGUUGAAGAAAUCACUAAGCCAAAAACACGAAAACAACCUAAACAACAACCACAACAAGAAACACAAUUAGAGGACACUGAAACAACAACAACAACAACACCAUCGGAUACAAAACCAAAAACAAUAAAACCUAAGCCCAAAGAACAAAAACUCACUGAUGAUACAAGAGAAGAAACGGUGGUACAUAAGGAUUACAUUGUCAGCAUCUUGGAAGAGGAGCCCACAGAAGAAGAGCAAGAGCAACCAGAAGAACAUCCAUUACAGGUGAGAAUUAUAGAAGAAGAGCCCGAGGAAGUAGAAGCCCAUCCAAUUGAUGUCAUCGAGGAGGAGCAGCCAGAGGAGGAUGAAGUUGAAGCGCCUACAGUCGGUGAACAGGAGAAGCCUAAAAAGAAAAAGAAGCCAGUGAAAAAGAAGUUAGACGAACAUGAUCUUAUCAUACAAAAAUUGCUGGAACAGGAAAUUGAGAAGACCGAACUUGAGAAAUAUGAAAAGUUCGAAUUCGAGAAACCUGAAAGGGUUAAGCCAGAAUUUGCCAAUAUAGAGCCAGAGAAAAUUAUACGUAAAGAUCAGAAACCAACCAAGGUGGUGAUUGUUGAGGCAGCCGAGGUGCCGCAAUCGAUUAAACUGAAACCAGCCAAGCGUAAGCCCAAAGCGGUGGAGGAACAAACUGUGCAAUUGCCUAAAUUCAAACUGAAGAGUCGCAUAGAGGAGGUUCAAUACCCACCGGAGCUACUCGUACCUAAAAUAACCGAAAUCGGUGCAGUACGCGAAACUGGCGAUCUUUCGCGUAAUAUUGAAGAAGCCGAGGAGGUUUUGAAAUUCAAACCACGCAAAGUAAAGAAGUUGAAGCCAAUUAAAGAUGAUUUAGAGAAGCCUCAAUUGGAGAAAUAUGAGAAGUAUGUGAGCAGUGAAGAAGAAGUUGAAGAGAAGACGCCAUAUAAAAAACCUGAGAAAGUGCCAAAGCAAGAAGAAAAGCCAGAUGAAGCUAAGCUCAAGAUCGGCAAGGGUAAGAAGAAGCCUAUCGUUGAGGAGCAACCGGAAAGUGUCACUUUGAAGAAGACACCAGUUAAACCGCAAGAGGCUGUGGUCGCUGAAGAAACUGUUGUGAAAAAGAAGGAGAAGGCAGUUGUGAAAGUAAUCGAAGAGACUGCAGAGCAGCCAACAUAUGAAUUGCAACCAUUCGAACCAACAGAUUUCGAACAACCAGAGUAUGAAAAGGAGGAAUUGCAACCCUUCGAAAUGCCUGAAGAACCAAAACCAGAAAAGAAGGAACCGAAACAAAAGCCUAAGCCUAAACCAAAAUCUAAGCCUGAACCAGAAGUUAACGUAACUCAGAUAGUGCCCGGUGUACCUAAAGAACAAGAAGAGGCUCCCGAGGAUGAGGUCAAAUUCCGUAUACCCGAGAGUGAAGCCCCCGAAGAGAAAAAGAAGGAAACUAAACUAAAGCCUGUUAAGAAAGAAAAGAUUACGAAAGCCCCCGAAGAAGAAGUGACGGUGGUGCCCACUGAAGAAGAAGUUGAGAAAGCACCGGUUCCUGAGACAGAGGAGCAGCCAGAAAAGAAAAAGAAACCGAAAGCAAAGAAACCACAAGAACAGCAGGAAGAAGUUGUGGAAGAAAGACCAGAAGAACAAUAUGAAAUUUCUGUUACCGAAGAGCAAGUGACUCUACCAGAACAGCCUGCUGAAGAGAAACCUGCCGAAGUCAAAAUAAAGAAGAAGAAGCCUAAAGAAGCGCCAUUGGCGGAAGUACAAGUGGUUGAAGAGGUUCCCAAAGAAGACGUAAUUGAAGAAACACCAAUUGAAUACAAAAUUACAACAACUGUCACUGAGCCUGAAGAGGCACCAGAAGAGCACAAAGUGCGCGUUAUUGAUUACGAUCAGAAGGAGGUCACAGUCGAGGAAGUAGUGGAAGAAAGGGUUGUUACACGCAAGAAGAAGCCCAAACCACAAAAGCCAGAGGAAUAUGAGUACACGGUUACAGAGCCCGAAGAAAUAGAGCUGCCAUCAGAAGAGGUAGUAGUGUUGCCCGAACAACCUGAGAAGCCCGAAGAAAUCCCGACAGAAGAAGCCGUAGUGGAAGUUAGGGAGAUAUCUGAUACACCCGAAGAACCACUUGCUAAGGUCAGUGUGAAAAAGAAGAAGCCAACGAAAAAACCAGAAGAAGAAACUGUAGUCAAGGAUGUGCCUGUCGUUGAAGAAAUUAAAGAAGAUAUCCCUGAACAAGAAGUGGUUGAAAAUAUCAUCACAGAAGAGGUGACUAAGAAGAAGAAGCCAAAGAGCUAUCAAUUUAAGAUAACCGAAACAGAAGCUGAAGAAAUUGUAGAACAACCUGUUGAAGAAGUACCAGAGGAGCCUGAAAAGCCUCAGCCCAUUGUGGAAGAAGUAAUAAAAGACUUCCCAACAUACGAAAUCACCACAAAAGAUAUCGAAGCUGAGGUUAUUGAACCUGUGAAAGAAGUACAGGAAGCUGAAGUCAAGGAGAAGAAACCUAAAAAGCCGAAAGUUACUGAGGCUCCUAAGGAAUAUAAGGUUGGCGUGGUAGAAGAAGUGGCUCCCCAAGCUGUUGAAGAAGAUGAUCAGCCAGAUGGCGCAACCUUCUCUAUUAAGAAGAAACCAAAGAAAGAGACACCUGAAGAAUUUGAGGCUAAGGUAGUUUUGACAGAACCCAAGCCCAUAGAAGAGGUCGAAACUGAGGUGGCUAUUAAGAAAAAGCCGAAGAAACCAAAAACAAAGGAUGAGGCUGCCGCCGUUCAUGAAAUCAAGAUUGUUGAAUCUGAGGUUCCGAAAGAAGAAGUUUUCGAACAAAAAGAAGAAGAAGUAGCAGUUAUAACCAAAGCACCAGCUGCUGAAGAAAAGCCUAAAGAAUACGAAAUAGACGUUGUGGAAUCUCAAGUCGAAGAAGAAAUUCCCGAGGCCGAGUUCACAGUCGAAGAAAAGGAAAUUGUUGAACAACCAAAAGAGGAGCCUGAAGCCGAGUUUGUUAUUAAGGAAAGCAAACCAGCAGAUGUAGUUGUAGAGGAGACCAAGAUCAAGACCAAAAAAUCGAAAAAGAAACCUACAGAUACCCAAGAAGUUGAAAUGAAGGUGAAAGUUACCGAGGAAUUACAAGAGCAACCCGCAGAAGUGGUGGAAGAGGUAAAAGAGAUUACCACCGUACCCGAAAAGAUUGUGACAGAAGAAAAACCGAAAGAAUAUGUUAUUGGUAUUAAGGAAUCCGUGCCAGAAGAAAAACCCAAGCCCGUACCUGUCGAAGAAACAGAAGUACCUAAGGUAGAAGAAAUUAUCGAAGAAGCGCCAGUACAAGAGGUGAAGGUUAUCACCACAACACCAAAGGAGGAAAUCACUGAAGAAGUAUCUGUGGUCAAGAAAAAGGUGAAGAAACCGAAGGAAGCCAAGGAGGAUCACAAAGUUGAGGUUGUUGAAGAAGUACCCAAGGCUGUUGAAGAAGAAACCCAACCUGAAAUAAGCGCGCCAGUCAUAGAAGAGCAAGGGGAGGAAAAGCCAGCCACUUAUGAGGUUAAAAUUCAAGAAACUGAAGCUGUAGAAGAAACGACUGAAGAACAAGUUGUCCUACCAAAGAAGAAAAAAUCAGUUCCUAAGGUUACAGAAGAACCAGAAGCAGAGGUUACAUUGACAACAAAGCAACCAACCGAGGAUGUUCAGGAAGAAAUCAAAAUCAAGAAGAAACCCAAGAAGAAGCCAGAAGAGACUGAAGCAGCAGCUGAACUUAAAGUAACCGUUGUUGAAGAAGUACCCGUUGUCAAAGAAAUUGAGGAGGUGGUCGAGGAAGUAGAGGAAGUAAAGCCUGUACCCGUGGUCAUGGAAGAAGAAAAGCAUAAAGAAUAUGAGUUCAGAGUAACUGAAAGUGAAGCUGUGAAGCCUAAGGAAGAAGUCACCGAAGAAGAAGUUAGCAUUCCACAAAAGAAGAAGAAACCUGUACCUCAAGUACAAGAUGAGCCAGAAGUAGAAGUUAAGCUGACCACAAAAGAACCGGUUAAGGAGGCUGAAGAAGAAAUUAAAAUCAAAAAGAAACCAAAGAAGAAGCCACAAGAAGAUGUAGCUGAAGCCGAAUUAAAGGUUAGUGUUAUUGAAGAGGUUCCGGCCGUGCCUGAGAUUGAAGAAGUAGUUGUGGAAGAAGAAAAAGAAGAGGAAAUCAAACCUGCACCUCAAGUAGUGAAAGAAGAAUACGAAGAAUACGAAAUUAAAGUGAAAGAGAGUGUUAUUGAAAAACCAAUGGAAGAAGUCUCUGAAGAACAGGUAAUACUGCCAAAGAAAAAGAAGCCAGUUCCGCAAGUUACAGAAGAACCAGAAGCAGAAGUGACACUGACAACCAAGAAACCAACCGAAGAGGUUCAGGAAGAAGUCAAAAUUAAAAAGAAACCGAAAAAGGAACCUAAAGUUGAAGAAGCUCAAGCUGAACUAAAGGUAACUAUUGCGGAGGAAGUUCCAUCUGCUCCGGAGGUCGUUGAAGAAAUCGAAGAGGUUGUGGAGGAAAUUCAACCUCAACCAGAAGAAAAGAAACCGAAGGAAUAUGAGUUUAAGGUAACGGAAACUGAAAAACCAAUGGAAGAAGUCUCUGAAGAACAGGUGACACUCCCGAAGAAAAAGAAACCAGCACCACAAGUUACAGAAGAACCAGAAGCUGAGGUUACACUUACACCAAAACAACCAACGGAAGAGGUGCAAGAGAAGGUUAAGAUUAAGAAGAAGUCUAAAAAGGAACAGAAACCUGAAGAAGCGGCUGCUGAACUCAAGGUAACAAUUGAAGAAGUUGUACCACAAGAGCAAGUAAUAGAGGAGGUAGAAGAGAUAGAAGAAGUUGUAGAAAAGAAACCUGAGGAAAAGCCAAAGGAAUACGAAAUUAAGCUUAAGGAAACUGCGCCUCUGCCCGAACAAGUACUCGAAGAAGAAGUCACCUUGCCACAAAAGAAACAAAUUAAACCAGAAAUAACUGAAGAACCCGAAGCGGAAGUUACUUUAAAACCGAAAAAGAAGGUAGAAGAAGUCGAGGAAGAACUUAAGGUUGUGAAGAAAAAACAAAAGAAGCCAAAGGAGGAAGCCGCAGCUGAAUUCACUGUACAAGUGGAGGAAGAAGUGGUGCCCGAACCUGUUGUUGAGGAAGUUGAGGAAAUCGAAGAAGUCUUUGUACCCAAGAAGCCAAAGGAGCAAACGGCUGAAGAGGUUGAAGUAAAAUUAAAGAAACCUGCGCCGGAAGAAGUACCAGAAGAUGUACAAGUUGACGUUGUGCUCAAGCCCAAGAAACCCAAACAGGUCGAAACAGAAGAGUUCGCUGUCGACGUCAAGCUGCCUAAACAAAAGGAAGCAGCACCGGAAACUGCCGACGAAACUGUCGCAUUGAAAAAGAAGAAGAAACCAAAGCCAGUGAUCGAAGAAGCGGCUGAUGAACUGAAAAUAACAAAGGAAGUCAUCGAAGAGCGACCAGUUGAAGUCGAAGAAGAAGAAAUCGUCGAAGAGGCAAUUGUUAUGCGCAGAAAACCGAAGAAACCAUACGAGCCAACUGUGGAAGAACAUGAAGAAGAAGAAUUCAGUAUGUCACUAAAGAAACCACGACAGAUAAAUGAAGAUGUAGCUGAAGCGGCAACCGUCUUGACAAAACGACCAUCACGACCAAUGGUAUUCGAUGAAGCGGCCGCUGAACUCUCUAUCAGACGGGAAGAGGAAUAUGAAGAGGGUGAAGACAUCGAGGACUUUGUAGUAGAAACAAAAUCAAAACCGAAACCAUUGCAAAUUACCGAAGAAAAUGAACAAGAAUAUACAAUUAAAAAAUUGAAGAAACGCAAGAAGGGUGUUGAAAUACCCGAGUACACGGAGGUUGAAAAUGUUACAUUCCGCCCCAAAAUAAUUAAAACUAAAGAAGAUGUCGAUCAAGAAUUCAAUAUUGCAUUGGAUUCCUAUGCUGAGGAGGAGAUCUCUAUGUCCGGCAAAGUAAAAUUGAAGAAACCCAUUACCAAAACAUAUUCCGAAGCGGCUGAUGAAGCCAAAAUCAAGAUCUACGAAGAUUAUGACGAUGACGAAGGACCUAUCAUCGAGGAGAUACGUGACGAUAGUAGCAUUGAAGAUACAAUGUAUGAUGUAGAAGAGCCCGAAGAGUAUCAAGUUGAAGAAUUGCCACCAGACGAUUUCGAUUUCACAAUUAAACCCAAAAAGCCAGCCAAGCCUAGAUACUCGAUACAAGACGAGGAAGAGGAACAGUUUUUGAUUGGUUUGCGACGACCCAAGAGCCAUUCGGUGACAUACGAUGAAGACUCGUUCACCUUGAAGAAGAAGCGAAAGGUUGUGCAACAAAUCUUCAAUGAAGAGGGCGCUUCUUUGAAUAUCACACGCGAAGCGCAUAUUGAAGAAACGGAUGACGAGAACGCCAUGUAUUCGAUUUGCAAUUAUGUUGCCGACAACGAUGAGGCAAUCAAUUUGGUUGAGGGUGAGAAGGUCUACGUCAUUGGGCGUCACAGUUCCGAGUGGUGGUAUGUGAAGAAGAAUAUCACCGAAGAAGAAGGCUGGGUGCCGGCUCAAUAUCUUAUGGAGCCUGUUGAAUAUACACACUACGUGCAGAAGAAAUUGCACGAGAAGAUCGACAAAUUGCCAGUGUUUGAACGUCCCGGUCCCGAAGAGAAACCCAUGGCACCACGUUUCAUUGAAAAACUUCAACCCAUUCAUACGCCCGAUGGUUACACCGUACAGUUUGAAUGCAAGGUUGAAGGUAUGCCACGCCCACAAAUUGCUUGGUUCCGUGAGACGGCCAUUAUUAAGCCAUCUCAAGACUUCCAAAUGUACUAUGACGAUGAUAAUGUAGCCACAUUGAUUAUACGUGAAGUAUUCCCCGAGGAUGCGGGUAAAUUUACUUGUGUCGCUAAGAAUGUCGCCGGUUUUACAUCAUCCACAACGGAACUAAUUGUUGAGACACCUUUGUCCGAUCACGGUUCCGAUGCUACCGGCUUGUCGCGUAAGAGCAUGUCACGAGAAUCCUCACUAGCCGACAUACUCGAAGGUAUACCACCCACUUUCUCACGCAAACCGAAGGCGCAGUAUGUCGAUGAGAACACAAAUGUGUUAUUGGAAUGCCGUUUAGUUGCCGUACCGGAGCCAGAUAUCGUUUGGACUUUCAAUGGCGAAGAGAUCGAUGUGAAAGAGAUCAAGAAUGUACGCGUUGUAACGGAAUCAGAUAUGCAUAUGUACUGUAGUGUUGUGCACAUAACAAAGGUGAAGAAAUCACAGGAGGGUACUUAUGAAGUGAUUGCCACAAACCGGGAGGGUGAGUCACGCCUACCGAUCGUGCUGAAGGUACGCACAGACGAGAAGGAAGCGCCACAAAUUUUGGAACCACUACGCAACACCGUCGUACGCGAAGGUGAGAGCGUAGUUUUGACCACACAAAUUGUGGGCAAUCCACGUCCUAAGGUGACAUGGUACAAAGAUGGCAAACCGAUUACGAAGAAUACGAAAUCAGACAAAGAUACACAUACGCUGACACUGAUCUCACCCAAGGCGGCAGAAAGUGGCGAAUAUACUGUGAAAGCAGAAAAUCCAUUGGGUAGCGUGGAAACAACGGCAAAUCUGACAAUUGAAGAGCCAUCUAGCGGCAACGCCGAACCACCAUUGUUUGUCGAGCGUUUCGAGGAGCAGUCCGUGCCACAAAAGGGCACAAUCCGUUUGCCUGCUAAGGUUACCGGCAAUCCGGUGCCUGAAGUCCAAUGGCUUUUCAACAACAAUCCGCUCUAUCCCUCACAACGCAUACUACAAAAGUAUGAUGGCGAGAGCAUUGAACUCAUUAUCAAUGAUGCCAAUCCCGACACAGACUCCGGUGAUUACAAAUGUAUUGCCAGCAAUCCACUCGGCAAAACAUCGCAUGGUGCGCGUGUUAUUGUCGAAGUCGAUGAGGUCACCUUCACCAAGAAACUUAAGAAAACCAUUUCUAUUGAAGAAAUCCAAUCACUUACUCUAGAAUGUGAAACCUCACAUGUGGUCACCACGAAAUGGUUCUUCAAUGGCAAGGAACUCAGCGGCAUGGAUCAUCGUGUAGUGGUCGAAGAUGGCAAAGUACAUAAGCUCGUUAUACGUAAUACCAAUUUGCGUGAUAGCGGCACAUAUGUUUGUAAGGUGAAGAAUAAGGAGACUGAAUCCACUGUUGAAGUAUUGCCACGUAAGCCGGAGUUCAUUAAAAUACUUGAAGACUACGAAGUAACCGAAAAGAAUACAGCAAUCCUGGACGUAGAGGUUUCUACCGACAACGCCGAAGUUGUGUGGUAUAAGGAUGGUGAAAAGAUCACGCCCGAAAAUAAGAAUGUGGAAUUCGUUACGGAGGGUAAAGUGCGUAAGCUCGUUAUACGUGAUACAACCAUACACGACGAGGGUGAAUACACCUGUAAAUUAGAUGAACAGGAAUGUAGCGCCGAACUGACGGUUAUUGAACUGCCGCCCGAAAUUGUUAAACCUUUGAAAGAUGUGACUGUGACAAAAGGCGAGAAUGCAGUAUUCGAAGUGGAAUUAAGUAAGGGUGAUGCUUUAGUUAAAUGGUUAAAGGAUGGCAAAGAGUUGCCGCUCAACGAACAUGUACAACUGACGAUCGAUGGCAAGAAACAAACGCUUCGCAUUCUCGACGCGAAACCAACAGACAUUGGCAAAUACUCCAUACAAGUGGGACCACAAACGUCUCAAGCUCAGUUGACGGUGGAAGAACCAUUGGUGAACUUUGUUUUGCCAUUGCCCGAUGUCACCAUUGCCACCAAGGGCACAGAUGCUGAAUUUACUGUUGAGUUAUCACAACCAGAUGUCGAGGUUACCUGGUUCAAAAAAGCUAAACCAAUUAAACCAAAUAAGAAGCACGAAGUAUUUGUAGAGGGUACCGUCAGACGUUUCGUAAUACACGAUGCAGAAGAUGAUGAUGCUGGUGAUAUCAGUUGUACGGCUGCUAAUGCUACAACAACCAGUAAAUUGUGCGUGGAGGAAAUUCAGACAUUACCGAUCAUCACUAGUGACAAAGAUCAAACGAUCAAGGUGAAAGAGAAUGAUGAUGUAACGAUGACUGUCAAGUUCACGGGCACACCCAAACCCGAAGCCGAAUGGAGUACAACGAAGAAUGUUAUCGUAAAGAAUAAGCAUUUAAUACCCACUCUAGAUGAACAAUCGGCAACGCUCACCAUUAAGAAGGUGGUGGACGAUGACGAAGGCUUAUACACAGUAAGACUGAAGAAUCCAGUUGGCGAUGUGGAGGCUACACUCAACUUAAUUAUAAUGAGAAAACCAACGGCACCUGGUGCACCGGAGCCACUAGAGGUAACACAUGACUCAAUCACACUCUUCUGGAAGGCGCCCGAGGACGACGGCAAAUGUGAAAUUACCGAAUAUGUGCUCGAAUACCAAGAUGUGAAAGAGGAGAGAUGGAUUGAAAUUCGCAAAAUCAAAGAUACCACCUACACGAUAAGCAAAUUGAAAAUCGAAACCGAGUAUGUAUUCCGUGCGAUUGCCAUAAAUGAUGUUGGCCCUUCGCCACCAUCUCCACUCUCACCACCCAUACGCCUCGUGGCGGAGGUUAAGAAGGAAAAACCAACUGUGCAAGAGCCACUACAGGAUAUUGUCACCGAAUUGAAUAAGGAGAUUACGCUGUCAUGCGUCUUCGGUGGCAUACCAGAGCCUAAGGUGACGUGGAAGAAGAACGGCGAGGUAAUCAAAACAAAGACUAUGCGCUAUGAGAAUCGUGUAUCGAAAUACACAAUUGAGAAGACAACAAUUGAGACUGAAGCGACGUAUACAUGCGUAGCUGAAAAUGAUAUGGGCAGUGUGGAGACCUCAUGUAGAAUAAUACUGCAAGAGAAGCCAACCAUUGAUAUCGAUGAAAAGUAUCUUGCACAAAAAAUACGUGCUGGCACCACUUUGAACAUUCCGGCCACAGUACGUGGUUAUCCACAACCAAAAGCUACAUGGUAUAGAGAGACCACAGAGCAAACGACGACAACGGAACGUGUAACAAUCGAAACCACAGAGACCACAACAACAUACUCAUUGGAAAAGGUGACGCGUGAAGAUUCGGGACGUUAUAAGAUCACAGCUACAAAUACAUCGGGCACCGCCACGACUGAAUGUACCAUACAAGUGAUUGACAAGCCAAGUCGACCACGAUCAAUAGAAAUUAAAGAAAUGAAAAAGGAUGCCAUCACACUCGCGUGGACGCCACCAAUUGAUGAUGGUGGUCUUGAGUUGAAUAAGUAUGUAUUGGAGAAAUGCGAUUUGCAAAAUAAUCUGUGGAUGAAGGUGGCCGAUUUGGAAAAAGACAUACACUCCUAUGCAGUACAAAAACUUUCCAUGAACUCACAAUACAUGUUCAGAGUGGUUGCCGCCAAUCCGGUUGGUGAAUCUGAACCGGUUGAGAGUGAUCCGGUGACAAUAGCAAGGAAAUUCGAAAAACCAUCAGCUCCACGUGGUCCGACGGAAGUUUUCGGUAUGACAGAUACAGCAUUUACGCUCGCAUGGGAACCAUCUGAAAGCGAUGGCGGCUCAAGAAUUAUCGAAUAUAUUGUCGAAAUCAAAGAAUUCCAUGAAACUGAAUAUCGUCUGCUCGGCAGCACGACCGGCAAUGUCACAAAUAUUCUUGUUAGUGAUGUGAUCAAAGAUCGUGCAUACCAAUUCAAGAUUUAUGCAAAGAAUGAAGUUGGCAUUAGUGAAGCUCUAGAGACUGAAGAUAAAAUAGUUGUAAGCCGUAAGAUAACACCUCCAUCACCACCGCAAAACUUACGCAUCCCAGAUGUGACGAAUCGCAGUGUAACGCUUGACUGGGAAGUACCAGCGAGUAACGGAGGCUCUGAAAUAACUGGCUAUUGUAUUGAAAAACGUUCGGCAACAUCAACCAAAUGGACAAAGGUAAUCACAUUGGACGCACACUGUCGCCAAUACACUGUGGAUAAUUUGAAGGAGAAGUGUGAAUACUGGUUUAGAGUGUCAGCGGAAAAUGCGGUUGGAUUAGGUGCACCAGCCGUAACCGAGAGCGUAUCACUCAAAACACAUGCAAGUAAGUACAGAAUUGCAACAGCAUUUUCUCACGCACAAAAAAUACUGGAUAAUAAUUUAUUUUUAAUUUCCACAGCCGUUCCUUCGCCACCGACUGCGCCAUUGGAGGCGCGCGUGCUCGCUGCCAAUGCACACAUAUUCGAAUGGGGUAUACCCGAGUCAGAUGGUGGUGCGCCACUGCUCGGCUAUCACAUUGCUAUACGUGACAUGAAGAAGACAAUGUGGAUUGAGGUGGGUCGUGUACCGGCCGGUGUGCAAAGAUUCCAAAUACGUGAUUUACAGGAGAAUCAUGAGUAUAUGAUACGUAUAUUUGCCAAAAAUGAGAUUGGUCUUAGUGAGCCACUCGAAUCGGAGGAACCAUAUGUGGCUAUGACAGCAGGACAUUUGAGUUUACCUGAUGAACCGCAUACGGAGAUAAGUUCUUGCAAUACAUCGUCUUGGUUGCGUAAUCACAACAUGGAUGCGGACAUACAUUCGUAUGCUCGUGGUAUAUUAUUGCGACGUGACGAAUACUUCUUCCGCAUUUGGGCGAAAAUGCCGAAGAGCAAAAAGAAAAAUUCAAAAUAAUACUAAAAAAAAAUACAAUCAAUAUCAGAAAUAUUGUAAAAAUCUAAAAAUCAUAACAAAAACAAAAAGAAACUCGAAACUACUAAUGACUUAAAAAAUCACUUACAUUAUGUAAUUACUGAUAAUAUUAUA